GUCUCCCGUAGGGGUCGCUGUUCGGGCGCUGUGUCCCGGUCCCCGGCCAGUGAUGGCGGCCUCCCUGGCUGCAGCAGUUCCCGGGGCUCCGGCCGAGGAAUCCUCAGACAGCGAACCGGAGCCCGAGCCGCAGAAGCUGCGCAGGAAAGUGUCCACCUCCGGGCAGAUCCGGCGGAAGGUGAGCCGGGGGGGGAUGAAUCGAGCCGCGGGCUGGGGGGAGGCCGGAGAGGGGCGGGGGGCACACACACUGAGAGCGGCCCAGAGACCCUCAAUGAACCUGCCAGACGGUGACCUGGGAGACAGCCAUUAAUGGCCAACCUCUGGCACUGCAGAGACCGUGAGUGAUGCAUCAUGGGAAAUGUAGUCCAUCACAGAUGGAGGACAGCUUAAUAUCUGCACUCAUCAUGGGUAAAUAUGUUAUAACAGUGGAGUAUUUGGGCUGCAGGGCAUCAUGGGAAACGUAGUGCAACCUAGUUGAACUUGCAGAUUAAUGUUUAGAUAAUUGCCAGGCAGAGCAUCAUGGGAAAUGUAGCCCCUAUACAGCUUGUGCUUUCAGAGCAUCAUGGGAAACGUAGUUCUGCACCUGUGGAGUUCCAGUGUUUAACCAUUGCAGUCUGGGAAUGAGCAGUGUUAAAUAAGUCAUUGACAUGUUUUAACUGUUACUGCUAGGAGAGACCAGAAUUCAAUACGGAUGUCAACCUUAAGGCAAGAAUAGCCAAGCUGGAAACACUCUCCCAAGUCAACUAUGUUUUUAGUUUAGAUGUAUUGGCCUAAAAUAUGACAUUUACUUUGCAUUACCAAGAUUUUAUGUUUUAGUAAAUAACCCUGUGAGAGGACUUGAUCUCGGUAGCAAUAAGAGUUUUAAGGAACAUGGGGUAACAGACUGAUGGAGAAAUGGCUAAGGGUGAGCCUCAGAUUUAAAGGAGAUACCCUGAGUGAACCUGCAAUGAUAAAAUGAACUUACGUGAAAUCGCUCCCAUAUACAUUGACUACAUCAUAUCAUAAAUAUGUAUUGUGUAUUCAAUGUACAGUGGAAUCUUGGAACUCGAAAUUAGUCCGUUCCAGAAGGCUGUUCGAGUUCCGAUUUGUUCUAGAACCAAAUCAACAUUUCCCAUAAGAAUUGAUGUAAAUUUGAUUAAUCCAUUUCAGACCCUCAAAAUUACAGCAUUUUAACACAAAUUUUACAGUUUAAUAAUGCCUGACAUGCAUAAAAUCAUAUAGAAAAAAAUAUCAAACACAAUGUACAGUAAGUGAAAAUAAAAUGUAACUUCACUUUACCUGUAAUGAUAAGAGUUGAUGGCGUUUCCUCCGUUUCAGCGCCUAUUUCUGUAACACCAACCUAUGGGCCAUCCUCCGCUCCGCCUGUGAUCCUCUCGCUGACUUCUUUGAUUUGCCCUGCCUGGGACGCAUCCCCAAGUAAGGGAAAAAUUCUUCAGUGGCAUGUGCACACUGGCUUCAGAACGGAGUUUAGGGGGUUUCAGUAGCAAUCAGCGCAUGCACCAUUUUGCCUAUUGGUGGAUAGCAGAGGGACCUCCUGUGGGAGGUCUUUUCUGGUCUUCCUUGUCAGACAUUGCUGAGGUAUUGACUGACAGCUGGGAGAAAAAAAAUAUUUUAAAAUAGUUUUUUCUCCUUUUCUAUUUGCUAGCAAAACUGUAGUUUGCCAAAGAUAAAUAAUUAGUGCAAGGAGACAGUAGAUGAGCUAUAAAUACUAAGGUCACUAGAUAGGAAAUUGUUUGGCGAAUUGCAAAUUUGCUAAAUAGUUGAAUUAGAUUUUAUUUUCAAUGUCUCUGUUUUUGUCUAAAUAAUGCCAUUCCCUUUUCAUCUGUCCGCAAUUCCUGUUUUAAUGGAUUAUCCUGAUGAUGACUGCUUUGUAGUAAGCAAUACCAAUGCCAUCUAGGGUGAUCAUUAGAAAGGAUCAGGUGUAUGGCUAUUUAAAGAAAAGUGUAUUAUUUUGGUAGAACCAACAUUUAAUAUAUUGCCUUUUAAUCUAUGUCAAUGAAAUCAUCCUGAAACAUUAUACAAACAUAGAAUAUUGAUUAGAAGCACAUGUUUAGCAGGUAGUAUAGUGUAUUUGGUUAAAAAAAUAAUUAUUUUUAAUAUGGAGAAAAGGGAUUUAAUUGGAACUCCGGAAUAAUUCUCCAAGUCAACUAGUCAUCCAUUUCGGCUAAUUUGAAUUCACCUUGAAUUUCCAACAAUACUCACUUUAGUAACUGUUUGAUAAAUCUCCCUUUAAGAAUGCGUAUAAGGAAGUUGUAUUGCAGAGUUUACGUUGGGAUAUAGCAUAUGUGAAUUGAAAAAUUGGUCACAGAUAAUUUUACAACUGAAUGAUGGGUCACCAAAUAAAAGGUGUUAAAAUAAUUUUGGUCUCUGUCGAACAAGGUUUAGCAGCAUAAUUUAAUUAAGGCAUGCUUGUACAUAUGAUUUUUUUUGGUUCACUAAAGAAUGUUCUGUGUCACAGACAGAUGCGCUACAGAGAGAGGGCAAAUAUUUCAGAGUGCUAGGAAUGGAGAGAAGAAAAGGACUUUUUUUUGUCACUCCUGGAUAUACCCAGAUAGAGCAUUAUGUGUGGGGGGAAUAAUCCUGCAAAUCAGGUCAGAUGAAUGGCCCCCUGUAAAGCAUUUAGGAGCGUUUGCCACAAUUGUGUGUGAAAAUGGAAUGUAAGGGACAUACCUUUAAUUUAUAUGUAAAGCAGGAUUCUGGGGCAAGAUUCUAAAUGUGGGUCAUUCAGCAUGUUCAUGCCAUUGGUUUCCUUGCAGGUUGCUCCCUUUUAAUGCUUUGCCCCAGUUCUGCUCUUUAUACGGAACCCUGUAUAUCUGUUAUUAUUUUCCCACAUUUACAUGUGAGGAUGUGGACCCCAUGGUCAUUGUACUGUGAGAGGUAUCUCCUCUUCUAUGCGUUCUGUUAUUUUAUUUGCUUUAUUUAUUUGCUACUGAAAGUCAAUGUUGGGGAUAAAGUAAUCUUAUCCAAAUGUUCCUAUGAUACAUGUGCUAACUCAGAAAGCUGUUCUGUUACGUUCCAUUAGUAUAAUACCCCCACUCCCGCCCCACCCCGUUGCCUAAUGAAAUAGGGCUACUUUAUGACUAGGAGCUUUUCACUAGUGUUUUUAGGGCCUUCAAAGUACUGAGCCAUGAAUCUAGGUUAACGAGGCCGACCCUGUUGUGUACUUGCGACCUGUCUUCAGCUAUGAUCCCACUAACUCCUAUUUCGCAGCUUUGUUGUUGUAAAUAAGGUUUAUAUUCUUAACACUGAUCAAUUGUGCAUAUAAAUGCAUACGUUUGCUUUUUAUGUUUAAUCUCCAUGUAGUCCGAUAUUGACCACUACUAGUGCAUCCUCUCCGUAGUUUACUUUAUUGUAUUAUAUGUUCUUAUAAGUAUCGGGCCCAAGUAGACAGACGACCGCGUGGGUCAUAAAUAUAGCUAUAACCACCUCUUAACCAUUUUACUUCUACACUUUAAUAUGCAUAUAGUAUCUCCCACGGCUUCAGGUAUACGGCAAAUAGACAGCGCUUUAUCACAGCCUAAGAGAUAAUUCAAAUAUUUCCUUGAAAUGUGCAGAUACACUACCUCAGUGUAAAAUUUUUAUUUUUUAUUUUUAUAUAAUAAAACAAGGUAUUCGGCAUUUUGGUGAACUGUUAUGUUUUUAUCUAGACGCUACACCUUAUACCUGCAUGUACUGUAUGUUAUACUUCAAUUGAAAAAAAAAUUUGAAUUCUCACAAUAAUGAAUAACCCUGAUAGUUUAUCGUACAUGAGAAAUAACAUAGUACAGCAGUAGAUGUAACACACCUGGUGUGGUAUUUGGAAAUACAUGAAGAUGAGUAAGAAUACUGACCACAAGCAGUAAGAAACUAGUAGUUGUGAAAGCGAAUUACCAUAUUUUUCCGUGUAUAAGACGAACCCUAUUUUUUGAGCCCAAAAUUAAGAAAUCAAUAUUUUAAACAUCAAAUAAAACCACUUUGAUAUUUUAGAGGUGACUUCUGGGGAGAACAACACAUUUCUGAUUCUCAUGCCUCCCCUGUGCUCUGUGAAGUUAAUGGCUCUAUAGUGCAUGCUGGAAGACUACAGCUCCCACAAUACAGCAGGUAGUGUGAGGGCAUGCUGGAAGACUACAGCUCCCACAAUGCAGCAGGUAGUGUGAGGGCAUGCUGGAAGACUACAGCUCCCACAAUACAGCAGGUGGUGUGAGGGAAUGCUUGGACAUCACAGUAGUAUUCCCUCUGCUCCUUGAUCCCCAUUUCCUCCCCCAUAAAUAUAAAUCAGUGAGCAAGACCUACCUGAGAUGGAGCAAACCUUAAUAUGGCUUCUCCUUUUAUGGUGUGGAAUGUCUCUGGAUCUCCGUUGUUGGUAAGUACUGAUGUCUGCUGCAGCUCCCAUGCAUAGAGGGACCUCCUUCUCCUUGCCACAGCAUUCAGAAGUUGGUCGGCAGGAGGGAAGCCAGGUAUGUGUGUGGGCUGUGGCACACUGAAAGGUGGUAGGCGCCAUCUUAACUUAGGCCCCGCACACAAGUGUUUUUUGUUGUGUUUUUUUUUUUUAUUCUUUAUUUUUGCAGGUGAUGCAUUAGAAAACAGUAUGAGAAAAGGUUACAUGCUUGGUACAUGAUAUAAUCAAGCGAUGUACAUUGUAUACAUGUAGUGAACACCUGAAUUUUGUUAUAGUUGCCUAGAACAUAUAAACUAAGAAUCAUGCCUCACAUAACGAGCUCCUAUGUCAAUACGUUGUCUUUUUGUUGUUGUUUUUUAAACCCCUGCAGUGACAUUGCGUGUAUAAGACAACCCCCAAUUUUAGACAAAUUCUUUUUUUUUUUUUUAAACAUAGUCUUAUACAUGGAAAAAUACAGUAUUUCUAGAACGAUUCACUGAAAUUUGCUUCAUUAUUUGAAAUAUGAUGUAGAAAUUCUUGUCAACUAAUGCUGUUUUCAUUACUAAAAACAGUAGAGAAAGGAAAUGGGUUACAGAAAGGAAAUCGAAACAUACAUAUAAGGACAUAUGGUUGUGUUUCUAAAAUGGUACAUAUUUCCCUCUCAUGAGCUUUUUGCUGAAUCCCCAGAGAGCUCCCAUUUGAGCAGUAUAGGAUUCCAUGAGUUAUAGAGACACAGAUGCAUCCAUGUGCGUGGGAUUACAGCUGGGAAGCCAUGUCCUUUCAGAGUUGCAUAUAUUUAAUUAAAACACUCUAGGAGCAAAACAAUUAUAGUGCCUAGACUCUCUGUCUUUAUUUACAUAUCACAAGGCACCAGAAGCAGCAGCUAUGAAAUGUCGUGUUUUUAGAAUUCUCGUAGAAUGUCAUGCAAAAUACGCAAAUUAUCCCAGGCAGCAUUAUCACGUCUUCAGAUUUUCAUCCCACAUGUUUGUAGGUUCCCUUUGCAAUACUCGGUAGUUUUAAAACACUGAUCUUUAUGACGUUGCACAGGUUGGUGUGUUGAUGGGUCGCCCCCUGUUUUAGUAUAUAUUAAACUACAAUUGAGACAUAUGUCACUAACCUAGUUUUAGAAAAAGGAAUGGGUCAACUAGCUAACCUCAAAUAUGUUCUUUGGGUCACUUCACAAAAGGAAUAGAAUGAACAUAAACAGCAGCUGUGUAUGCAGUACUGACUUUAGCACAGUAAUCACUCUGCCAUCAUUGAGCUGAACAUUUAAAAAAAAAACAACCUGUGGUGACCCAAUUAUUAAAGGGGAACUUUUAGGUACCAUAAUCACCACAGCUGAGCUCUGCACCACCAUAACCACUACAAUGAACUGUAGUAGCUGUGGUUCUUAGAGUGGGUGGCAUUUUCAUAUCAAAAGGUAACUAGAAAUAUAUAUAUAUAUAUAUAUAUAUAUAUUUAAAUAUAUAGUUCUGUAUAUAUCAACUUGAACUAUUGCACUGAAGGGACUUUCCAAAUAGAAUAAUAAAGAUGUAUUAACACUUAGGGCUCAAUUUAAUAACCUUUUCAAAUUAUUUCUCUAUAGACCUCACCGUUAACGUCAGUGGGGAUUUUUGUAGAUAAAUCAUAUGGAAAGUACUUCUAACAGUGUUGAAUAAUUUAGAAAGUUUAUUAAAUUUAAUACUUCGCUGCAUUAAAUGGUCGUCUGUUUCAUCAGUUAGCCGUUUGAUAUUACAGACAAUUUUGCACUAUUUUUUUGGAGUGGGGUUUUAUACUUUUUUUUUUUUUUUUUUGCACAGUUUAUUAAAUCUGUCAUUAUUUUUAUCUGUUGUUUCUUUUGCAUCCUGAUAAUUUUUGAAUGCACACCAAUUUUUCUGCCAUAAAAUCGAUUUAUCAAUGUUUUCGUCAGUUUUCCUCUAGUAAAAUGUUACAUUCCACUUCUCUUUUUAUCCUCGUACUUUUUAUGCAGAAAAAAACAAUUUAUUUUGUGGUAUAAUGUACUAAAUACAGAUUACAGAUUGAAAUGUUAUUGGGAAGUCCCAUGAGUGUUCUCUUUCAAUAAUGUCAAGUUGAAAAUUGCUCCAGACCAAAUAUUCAGAGAUCAGACUAGUGCAAGGUCCAGGAGAGAUAUAUUGUGUAUAUAUGCCAACCUGUUGUGUUUAUGUUAACCGUCUCAUGUUACUGUUUUCCUACCUGUGUUUAGUGCAGUUACCAUAAAGAAACAAUAUCACAAAUUGAGGGAGAAAGGAUCUGAUCGUAAAAUUAAAAAAAGUGGUAAUCAUAAGCAAUCAAUACAGGCAGGUUCUUUUAUAUAACAACUAUGAAUUUCAAGUAGACAGUGAUAAGCAGUGACUGAUGAAUAAUCGAAGCAAAAAAAAUAAAAUAAAGCAGUACUUAAACUGUAACACUGGAUGGCAGUCAGCUUCAAAAUGUAAUGCAGCAAUACAAUGCAAGGAAUACAAAUGAUAGCAGCUAGACUUACAGACUAGAGAAAAAAACGAGACACUCAAACCAGGACCAGACAAGUAGAUAGCCCCAGAGAGCGGUGCUGUAGGAACUCAUUAAUUGUUAAAGUACAUGAAUGCAUUUAUCUUCACAGAAAGAGGAUAUGGAAUCAUCUGCGGUUCAAAGGCUGUCUAGCAGCUCAGAUAGUGCACAAACUGCAGUUUAGAUAGUGUCCUAAAUAAGGUGCAGUACAGAGACUGCCAGGUCUAACAUCAGGACCAGUUUAACUCAUUUCCUGAAUACGGUGCAUUUAAGAGACUGACAGGAACGAGGUGCAGUUUAGAAAGUCUCAGGAAAGUGGGUUAUCUCAGAGACUGUCAACGAACUGCAUCUCAUUCCUGACAUGCAAUGCAAAUGUGCAUGGUACAGACAUAGAAAUGCUUUUUAUACAGAUCCAGAUUCGAUGAGCAUAGUACAAGAAGGCUUAAAGGGAAGCUAUAGUCACCAGAACAACUACAGUUUAUUGUAUUUGUUCCGGUGAGUAAAAUCAUUCCCUUCAGGCUUUUUGCAGGCUUUUAAACACUGUGUUUUCAAAGUAAAUGCAGUGUUUACAUUACAGCUUAGGGAUAACUCUUAAUGCUUUUUAUACAGAUCCAGAUUCGAUGAAUAGGACAUUGGCUUCUGGAUGAAGAAGAGAUACAUUUGUUCUGUAGCAAAAUUCUAAUGAAAUAGUUCUGAUGCACCAUAGGGGGAAAUCUAACUGGGUGCCUUCACUGCAGUAAGCCUCCCUCCCCCUAGCACUUCCAACUGCUGUAUUCAGGCAAAGUGCUGAGAGGAUGGUGUGCUGGAGUGCAGAGGGAGCAGAGAAUGCCAUCUCUACUAUUAAACUGCACAGAGACAGCUCACUUCCCCAUUAACAAUGCUGACUGUACUUCAGACUUUCCAUCUCUUCUCCUUCCUCCACACCAGCAAGUUCUGAGCGGAGAGGAGAGAGGGAGAACAAUAAAACUGAAAGUGUGUGUCAGAACUUUUGAUCUUUCCUGACUGACAGAGAGAUUCCAUUUGUGCUUUGCCAUGGCAAGCUGGCUGUGUUUGAGAUCUGCUUUAUACUACUUUUUCACAUGUAAGUGCAGGAUUGCAUGUGCUGCAGGGUACACUUCUAAAACUCUACCUUCUUGCUUUUCUCCAGGCAAUUGUAAAGGAAGGCCACCUGCAGAAACAGACCAGCUCCUUCCAGAGAUGGAGAAGACGCUACUUCAAACUGCGUGGGAGGACUCUGUAUUAUGCCAAAACUGCAAAGGUCAGCCAUGGAGGAGGAAAGGCACAUGCUAAAGCUGUAUAGGGUUUAAUAAUGUCUGCAUGUCUGAAAUGUAUUUUUUUUUUUACUGACAAUUUAAGGGGAGACCCUCUGUACCAGAAAAAAACAAAAAAUCAGCCUUACACAAAUGUAACCAUUGUAGUUUCAUUUGUUUUCAGUAUUGCACAAACAAAGUGACAUGUAGACUUGUAAAACCGCCAAAUAUUUUUAUGAACAUACAUAGUUUAUUUGCAUAAUUAAAGUUUUAAAAAAAAAUACAUAAUGCAUUAAAACUAAUGAUCAUCUCCAACUUCGAGUGUACAUUUUAAGUUAGGUGAAUAUUUGAAAGACAUUAAAUUAAUGAUUUUACCACCUAUUUUAGUAUGUUUUUUUUUUUUUUUAAAGGAACACUAUAGAGUCAGAAACACAAACUUGUAUUCCUGACCCUAUAGUGUUAAAACCACUAUUUAGCCUCCUGUUCCCGUCUUGCCUCCCUAAAUAUAGUAAAAUCGUACUUGUUUUCAAGUCUGCAGCUGCUGCCUCUGCCCCUGAUCUGCCUGCUGCUUUCUCAUAGGUUUGGCUUAGACUGUCAAGCAUUCAGAUCAGGGGCAGAGCCAGCACAAAUCAAACACAGCCCUGACCAAUCAGCAUCUCCUCAUAGAGAUUAAUUGAAUCAAUGUAUCUCUAUGAGGAAAGUUCAGUUUCUGCAUGCAGAGGGCGGAGGCACUGAAUGGCAGUGCUGCUUACUCUGCAGCACUGCCCAAAGAAGCACCUCUAGUAGCCAUCUGAGGAGUGGCCAGUGGAGUUAUCCCUAAGCUGUAAUGUAAACACUGCAUUUUCUUUGAAAACACAGUGUUUACUGCAAAAAGCCUGAAGGGAAUGAUUCUACUCACCGUAACAAAUACAAUAAACUGUAGUUGUUCUGGUGACUAUAGCUUCGCUUAAAGCCUUCUUGUACUAUUUUAGUUUUUUUCGAUUUUUUUUUUGCUUAAAACGUCAGGUUGGAGUUUGUAGGUGACCCCUGCUGGCAUCCUAGAUAGCAAUUAGUGACUCUUGGUACAUGAGAAUAUUAUUUUUCUCAAUUGUUGGUAACACUAUACAUCUAUACAUGUGCCCCUGAUUUCUGAAAUCUAUCCUAGGGUUUUAGAGGUUUUAUCAGGAAAGGUACAGUUGGCCUCAAUGACUUGGUUGCUUUGGGUAGGCUGGUCCUUCUGUAAGUUUGGUAUGAUAAAUGUUACAACUGUUGCAUAUCUUCUAUCGAGACGUAUCACCUGCAGUGGAAAUGCAGAAACCUGGGACCUAAGCUAUCAUAGAAACAUAGAAUGUGAUGGCAGAUAAGAACCAUUCGGCUCAUCUAGUCUGCCCAAUAUUCUAAAUAGUGUCAUUAGACAGAGAGCGUCACUCCCUGGCCUUAUCUUAUAGAUACGAUAGACCUACAUAGCACAUGUGAUUAUUCAACUCUGGGAUAGCUUAAUUCUCUUAUAUGUGUUUUAUUUUAUUAUUAUUAUUGGUAUUUACAUAGCACCAACUUAUUUUGCUGCACUUUGCAAUAUUAUUAAAGAGGGAAAUUUUAACAAUAAAUGAGACAAUUACAAAAUGUUACAGGAACAAUAGGUUGAUGAGGACCCUGCUCAAGUGAGCUUACAGUCUAGAGGUAUUUCGUUAGGGCACAACAGAGAUUUGAUAUUUUAAUACAAUCCAUGUCUCUGAAAUUCUUUCUAAGUAUUUGUUUUUUUAAAUCUACGUCAAAAAAACUAAAGACUCACAUGAUAAACCUCUCUGAUGGUAAUCCCGAGCAUAGCUCGAGGUUAAUUUUCAGUACCAAAAGCGGUAACCCCCGAGCAACACUCGAGAUUACACUGAAGUAUCACUUACCUUGUCCCUACGAGCCCCUGAUGUCCCCCCGCAGUGUUCUCUGCCAGCAUCCAUCUUCCGGGUUUCCUUUUCACUGUGUGCGCCGCCUGGCGGAACUAGGCCGUAAAUAUUUUUUUUUUUUUAAUGUACAAAUACACAUAAUACAUAGUGAUACAGUGUAAUCUGUUAGGGUUACAUUACUCUAUCAAACCUUUUCACCUCAGUUUUGACCCAGUGCUUUGUCCAGUGUCCUGUCUGCACUUUUACCAUUCUUUCUGCCUGGAAACAUGAGAACGUCCAUGGCAUCCAAAAAGCGUCCCUUUAGGUCAAAAGUGCGUUUAGACCAGUUAGAAAACAGCGAUAGUGAAUUAAAAUCACUUGUAGAAUUGAGCGAUAGUGAUUCAUGGUAAAAUUCGUCAUCAGACACUGAAAGUGACAACAGCGACAAUUCUGCAACUGAGCUCAGUGAUGUGUGAACUUGGGGCUCUAUUGACUGUGGUAUGGAACAGGCAACGCCCCCAUUUACAUUUGCUGGAGCAUCUGGUAUGAAAGUAGACGUUGAACACAACAACCCCUUGGCAUACUUACAAUUAUUUAUGACCGAUGAGGUUAUUCAAAAAAUAGUUACUGAGACAAACCGGUACAAAGAGCAACAAUUAGUUACUCUGCAUCGCAAGAUUUCAAGAAGCAGAAAGCGGGAACCAGUGACCUAAGAUAACAUUUGGAAGAUUCUGGGACUAAUAAUACUUCAAGGAGUGGUGGGGAAAGCCCUGCAGGUGGAGAUAACUGAUAAAUUACUUGCCACUCCAUUCUUUGGUACGGUCAUGUCAGAGUACAGAUUUUCCCUGAUCAUUUUUAUAUUUUUACACUUCGAAAACAACAAACAAUUUGAUAAAAACUACUCAUCCUGCAUCAAAAUUAAAGAAAAUUUGGGAAGUAUCUCAAAUGAUUUUAAAGAAUUUCCAGCAGAGCUAUGUGCCAGAAAGAGAGAUCAGCAUAGAUGAAAGUCUAAUGGCCUACAAGGGAAGACUCAGCUUGGUACAAUACAUUGCCUCAAAGAGCGCACGAUUUGGCUUAAAAUCCUACAUGCUAUGUGAAUCGUCAACUGGCUACAUUUGGAAUUCACUAAUUUACACUGGAAAAGGAAAAAAAUGAAAUCCAAAAUACAGCAGCUAUGGAAUGGCAACAUCUUCCGUUCUUUCAUUCGUUGAGCCAUUUCUAAAUCAGGGCUAUUGCGUAACAACUGACAACUUUUAUACGUCUCCAGAACUUUGUGAGUUUCUUCUGUAAAACAAAACAGAUUCCUAUGGAACCGUUAGGGCUAACCGGCGUGACAUGCCGCCAAUGUUUGGCAAUAAGAAGCUGAAGACUGGAGAAAUGGUUGCCUGGAAAAAGGCAAAAGGAUGGCACUGCGAUGGCGUGACAAGAAAGAUGUGUGCCUAAUGAGUACAGUUCAUAAUACCUUCGCUGUUAUGGAACGCACGAAAGGUGGGAAAGAAAUCAUGAAGCCACAAGUAGUGAUAGACUACAAUAACACCAUGGGAGGUGUCGAUAGAGCUGACCAAGCAAUGACAUUCUACCCAGCAAUAAAGAAACAGCAAAAUAAGUACUACAAGAAGAUCUCCAGGCAUCUUCUUGAGCAAUGCUUGUGGAAUGCCUACAUUCGGCUUUAAAAAAAAAAAAAAAAAAGAGGUGAAAAGCCUUUGAUACAUUCUGACUUAAUUUGGAAAGUUGCUGAACAUAUCAUUGUGAACCACCAAACACCAUCAAUGGCUGUGAAUAGAGCUGGACGUCGUGCUUUUGGAGUUGUUAACACGGGACGCCUGACUGGUCAUCACUUCAUGGACUACAUCCCACCAACCGAGAAAAAGUCAGCACCUACAAGGAUGUGCGUGGUUUUUGCUCGCUCAAAGCGAGAUGACAGUGGGAAAAAAACCCAGAAAGGAAACAAGUUUCAUUGUCUUGUUUGUGACGUCAGACUUUGUGCAGUCCCAUGUUUCAAAAUGUUUUCAUACUUGGGAUGUUAACUAAACCAAUAUGCAGUGUCUAGUAUUUCAGUGACUAGUAAUAUUGCACCCUUGUUUGGACAAAUUUCAGUGUUUUUGGUUUGAUUACAUUAUUAAAAUUAUUAUAUUAUUUAUAAGAAUUAUUUAUUAUAUUAUAAUUUAUGAUUUUGUGUUUCAAAUUUUCAUACCCAGGAUGUCUACUAGACUCUUGUUUGGACAGAUUUAAGUGAGUUAUUACAAGCCUACAAUAUGAAGCAACAAAUUUACAUACAAAACAAUGAAAUGCUUUAACGUUAAAAAAUAACUGAUAUAAUCAGACAGCCAAAACCAACCAUUGGGUCUUCUACAUUUCAUUUAUACUACAUUUAUGUCUUUUUUUUGUGGGGGUGGGGGGUUUAUAUAUAAAGUUGUAAUAAAUCUUCAAUUUUAACCUAAGUCCCAUUGGCUUUUAGCCUUCUCUUGCUGCUAAAGAAGGGUAGGUUUUAUUUUGUAAAAACAUCAGGAGAUCAUACAAAAUAAAGUCUCACAGAGAGCGUCACUAAUAAAGUAUUACACCAAAACUGCUUCAUUCAUCUAAAGUUGUUCAGGUGACUAUAGUGUCCCUUUAAGGCAUAAAUAGCUAAACUUGAAAAACAAAUUCACCAUGUCAGCAAAGCUUCCAGUUUAGCUGCUUUGGCCUUACAUUUGAAAUGUAUUUUGAAUUCACUUUUAAUUCAUGACAAUUCCCAUUGUAGUGAAUAACCCCUAUGGUUCAACUUCCAGUAUAAUGUACGGAACUAAAAAGUAACAUUCAUCUAUACAAGCACAGAUCAAAGGGUACAUAGCUCCUUUUUCAACUAUGCAUGUCCAGAUAAGCUCUUUCUCUUUAUUCUGAAUAUUUAGCAUGGAUUAAAAUUUAGCAUUCAAAUGUUGUGGAUAAAUGUGUAACAGUUUACUUUGUGGUUGAUAUGGCAAUGACAUUUUAAGUUAAUGUUUUUGUUCUCUAAUAGUCAAAGGAAUGCUGAUCUGUCCUGAAGUUGAGGUUUAGUGAAAUAGGACUACAUUUUUUACUGUCAUCACAUCAGUGUUGACCUCUGACUGCACAGCAGGGAAUUGCUGUGUUCUCUUACACCUUACUUAUAUGUAACUUGCUCCAAAAUAGAAUUUAAAGUAACAGCCACAUUCACGUUUGGAAAUCGGAUUAUAUAUAGAAUGGAAACAUCUAAAUAGUGAAUUGUAAUGAAGUGGAAAUUGAAAAAGAUGAAAUUACAGUCAUUCUGACCAAGGUGUCCAGAACUAAGAAACUUAUGACUAGAAUCACGUUGGUGGCCAGGGGAACAGAGGCUGCGAGAUGGCUGGGAGAUACAACCCCUAAAAUGACAAAGAUUAUACUGAGGGUUAAGAAGAAUUAUCUUGUGGACAAGCUAGCAUACUACACACCACACAAUCCCUUUGAAAAAGUAAGGGCUCAAGUUGGGGACCUAGGGAGAUUAGCUGGGGGGGAUAUAGGGGGAGAGUGGUCUUGCAUCGGAUCACAUGCUAAUUGUGGGAGUGUUCCCAUGAAAGCUUUGUGGCAACGGAUGGAAUGAAGUCUAGAAAGAUCACUGUUGGCUUUAGUUUUUAUUUUCUGUUCCUUUUUCUCUUUUUGUUUUAUUGAACUCAAACGAGUUGACAGGCUUAGAAAACUGCACAAUAACCUCAAAAUAUUUUGUAACCAGGAUAAUUACACGGUCAAUAUAAACAAGCUACGUUCAGUUAUUUUCAGUUUUUACAAAAUAAAACAGACAGUCAAUGAUUACCCAUACCACACGGGGGGCUACCAAUCACAACUGUAUAAUCUGAUCUUCACAUCCUUUUCAGUUCGAACUCAUGUAAUCUGCUCUUAUUUACCUUAUUUUGUAACCUGGUUCUGUCAACGUGUACUGCUGAACCGUGUACCAAAUGCCUUCCUGCAAUUACGUACAAGUAUUGUUUUUUGGCUGUCCAAAAAUAAAGAUUUUUUUGUUUGUUUUGUUUUUAAAUCACCAUUUUUGACCAACAGUUUACAUUUUAAAAUCAGUUCACAAUUUAGCAGCUUUCCUCUCCUAAAAAUAAUAUACAAUGAAACACUCUGUUUGUGCAAUUAUUUACCCCUUACCUAUAAAAUGUGUUGUAAACAUUAUAGCUUAGAUUACACAAAGUAGAUAAUGAUGCCUGUUUUUUCUUUUGCUGAAAACACAACAGGGGAGCAUCCUCUUAUUUACUUUUACCUGUCUAUAAGGGAUUUAAUCAGUACUGUCCAUGCAAGUCUAAAUUGCUCUUUGCUGACAGAGAUUGUUGGCAUUUUCUGCCCCUAAUCCUAACCUGUGCUUUCUGUUCUUUACUCCUUGCAGUCUAUCAUAUUUGAAGAAGUGGACAUAACAGACGCUAGUGUUGCAGAGUCCAGCACUAAAAACCUGAAUAACAGCUUUACGGUAUGUAAGUUAGCCUGUGAAAAAGAUCUCACAGAUUGGGCAGGGUUAAACUUCAGAUUUGCACUAGGCAACGCAAUGGGUAGUUGUAUAUCAUGCUUUCUUUACUUAUUGUAGGGUUGUCAACUCAUUUCAGAGGGUGGGUGCUGAUCUGAGCACAACUAAUCAAUGCUUUACACUACUAACCAGAAUUAAAUGUUUCUUGCCCUGCAAAUCUCCUUGUACAACAUGACAUCUGGGAUGGAUAGGGCAUUUGAAUGUGUUGCUGCUUUGCCCCCAUAGUGACUAACAUGCAUGCGAGUGCCCUUUAGGUCUUGCAGCAUACUUUGCUAAGCUGUCUGUGCAAAGCAUUGCAUUCUUUACCUAAAGGCUGAAGUAAUCCAAAAAAUAAAGUGGGAAAGUGUUUUCAGCUAUUAAUUUGCCAUUUUGAUAGUACAAUAUAUAGAUAAAAUUCUAGCCAUGUAGUACAUGAUUUAAACAUUAAUUACAGUGAAAUUAAGGAGCAAAUACAUAAUAGCAUCACUACUAUUAGCACAUUUUAAAGUGCCCCUGUAUAUCUGCACAUGUGUGCUGGUGCAAAGCAUUAAUUUGUGAUCACUCUCCCCUAUAACUCGGUCAGCCUGUACCCAGUGGCGGAUCCAGAGCCUGAUCUCGGGAGGGGCACUUGUAGAUUAUUUAAAUAAAUAAUCCAGGCACAAUAACCACUACAGCUCAGUGUAGUAGUUAUGGUGUCAGUAGUGCCAGGAUUCCACCCCAGAGUAAGUAGUCAUACCGUUUAAGAACAGUUUGACAACUUACCUGGGAUCUGCUGGGAUAUAGGGUAUAGGAGCAGUGGUGUGUGUUAAGGGUAAAAGUGUGUGAGUGCGGCAGUGUAGGUCAGGGUUGUAAUGUGUGUGUUAGGGGGCAGUGUGUGUAUGGGGACAGUGUUUGUGGGGCAGUGUGUGUGUAUGGGGGGCAGUGUGUGUAUGGGGACAGUGUUUGUGGGGCAGAAUAUUUAUUUUAUUAAAUAAAUAAAAAAAUUAUUAUUAAAAAGCCUCCUCCCCCCCCAUUACACACACACUGCCCCACAAACACUGUCCCCAUACACACACACUCAGGUUCAAGAGACUUCCAUCCAAGUUGCAGAAUAUCUAGUCAACUCCAUGUUGUAUCUCUACCAAUGGUCUAUUGCAGCAUGACAACAAAAAAUAUUUGCUGCUAAUUGUACAUGUUCUAUGGAUAGUUUGUGCUCUCCAGACCUGUUUAAGAACCUUGUUUCCAAGCUGAACAAUACUGCUGACAUGAUAAUGGAAGGCUGUCACUAUCGGAUGUGCUCAUUUAGACUGUGUAGCUCCUCCUUUCUAGUAUUAUAAUGUUUAAGGGUUAAGAAAUUUGAAGGAAUUUACAACAAGGAGUGGUUUUAUAGCUUCACUCUCAUUUUUUCUAAAUUACAAAAAGGGCAACGUUCUACAGGGCAGAAAGCGGGUUACUGGUCUACAGGGUAAUAAUAAUUUCUCAUACAAUUCUUUGUGUGCCAGUAUUCAACAGGACAAAACUAGCGUUUCCCCACUUAGUGAGCAGGGACCUCCCAUUUUUAAUGUGGCUUUCCUAAAUCAGGAUAGAGUUUAAUAAAUCAUGAUUUAAUUCUCUUCAUUAAUCCUUUAUUGUGACUCCUAUCUGUCUCCUUUCCUUUCACUCUCUGAGUUCCCUGAUCACAAACCUCCCACCCCUUUACAGCUUCUCUGGUUACUAAAGUUUUCAGGCAAGCCCUUGUUUGUGUUUCCAGUGCCACCAUGCACACUGGAGGGACAUGCCUUUGGCAAACAGCUUUUCCAAAUUAGAUUCUUUUUUCUAACUCCUCCUCCCAUAUUGCAUGAGACUCUGUUUCUUCUCCUUACUGGACAUCUACCUGUUUCACUCUCCCUUGACACUUUGACCUCCUCUUUUCCUAGGUAUUUACCCCAUUUCGCAAACUGAUCCUUAGUGCUGAUAACAGGAAGGACAUGGAGGAAUGGAUGGCAGCUCUCAAAUCUGUGCAGAACCGCGAGCUCUUUGAGGUAAUAGCAAGUUCUCAGCCAGUAAGAGUGACACAGCUAAUCCUUCCUUAAUAGCAUUUGCAUCAUGACGAGAAUUUCCUCCUACAAUAGAAUUCUUUACGCUGUGUUUAGUUGCAGCUGGAUCACUCAGCCUAUAGCUUGUAUCCCACAGGUGACUGUCUCCCUUUACCCCUGCCUAAAACAUUCCAGACCAGACUAUUUAUAGCCAAAACAUUUUUUGCUUUCUGUCAUAGAUGUCUAUUUCUUUCUUUUUUUUGUGUGUUUUUUUUUUUUAUAACUUUUUUUGUUGCUGGCAGGAGUGCUGUGUUUGUGGGACUUUUCUCAUUCAGUGACGGAUAUUUAUUUUCAGUAAACUUAUUUUUUUCUCCUCCCUGUGUAAUGGUGCAGUAAUUAGAGCAUUCAUUGUUCGUCUAGGCACUAAUCUGCCCUGACCUGCUGGAUCUACUCAUGUGGUCACUGCCUUCAGGGUAAACAGCAUUUUCUUUUUCAUACUCUGCAGUCUGCACAGUACAGUAUGGACCAUUUCUCAGGAAUGCAUAACUGGUAUGCCUGCUCUCAUGCCCGCCCAACUUACUGCAAUGUGUGCCGAGAAGCCCUUUCAGGGGUUACCUCUCAUGGACUUUCAUGUGAAGGUAUGUGUUUAAUGUAUAUGGUUAUUUUCCUUAUCUAUAUGUGAUGAAUGCACCAUGCACUCUGUUUGUAUUUCCAGUAAUUGGUGUAACUGUGGAUCCCAUCAAAGGUUAUAUUUCAGCUACUGCAAUGUGGGAGACAACUUUGUCAUCUGUUCUUCUAUAUGUUUACAGACCUUCCGAAGUGUUUAUUUGUUUUAAUUGCACCUCAGUAGAUUAAGGGUAAUUAGAUUUUCUCUUUAAAGCAGAGCUAACUUGUCUUCUCUACCUGCUUUUAUAUGUUAGUAUUUCUGUAAACAGUUUAGUAGUUUUACUUAUAAGCUUUAAUUUAGACAGAACAUUUUUUUCUAUCAUUUUGGGCAUAUAUUUUAUGUUUGUUUAAUCAACUGACAACGUUUAGAAACAUUGAGAUAUAUAAUUUUUUACAAUUCCUUUUUUUUCAUAAUUAUAUUACAGUUUUUUUUCUAGUGGCUCGAUGCACAUUAAUUAACCAAUAGAUCAAAGAGAGAAGGAGGAGGGCUAAUGGCAAAAUAAACAUUUCUUUCAGGAGUUAUCCAGAUUGGUAUGUAGGGCAAAUUAGCUUGGAUUAAAUAUGGAAUUUUAAUUUUGAAUAGCACACACUCUUUCUCAAUGCUGCACGGGGGAGUGUACUGCAUUGCGUUGCUUUAUAUGAGGUGUAACACACACUUAUAAGGAAUGCUAAAGGACAUAAAUCAUGGUAACGCUAUGUAGAUAGCCAGCUUACAAAAUUCAAUAGUUUUAAUUUUUUAGAACACCUGGCAAAAAUAAUGGGGGGUUAGUUACAGUAUAUAAUCAUAUGUUGCAUAAGUCUGCAGCAACACCAGUAUACCCCAAUUUUUGCAGGUCCUAUCCUAGCAACCUAACACCUGCUCUUAUGAGAUUAACCCACUUACUUUGAUUGUAUAGAUUGUUUGUAUAGGUUGUGUAGGCUUUACCCAACACACAUAUUAUGAUAUGUAAAUAUUUUGAAAUGCUGUGCAAUGCAUAAACAAAGCACAAAAGUAACUCAUGCCAUAUGUGGUCAUACAGGAACGAGAGAAGAGCACACAGCCUAAAGGAGGAAGUGGGCUAUAAUUACACAGACUGUGAAAUUGAUUUGUAUCCAGAAGGGAAGGUGGAUUGCCAGGUGUGCAUUCCAAUUCUAGCUAUGUACCUUAGGAGACGUAUACAUUAUUAUUCUGAUUAGUAUUUAUAUAGCCCCAGCAUAUUCCUUGUGUUUUACAAUUAGAAUGGGUAUAUAUAGAAAGAGGCAAUUGACAGACAAAGUACUGCUGAGCUGACAGUCACAAGAGUUGAUACAGAACCUGCUUAACUGAACUUACAAUACAUGGGUUCUUAAGGAAACAGGUUUUCUUUGUUUAAUUCAAAUAUAAUGUGUCUAUUAUAUUGUGUGAUAAUGAUGCCUAUUCAGAACUGUUUACCUUCAGCCUGACACCGAACACAAAAGGUGUCCUUUCUCUCUGUGCAUUUUCAUGGAAAAUAAACUGUCCUCCAAGCUAACUAUGAGCUAUGCUAGAAUUUCACCUGUAACGAUUCAGUCACUUUAGUGGAGGAAUCUGGGCGUGGGGUUAAGUAUUUUCUUUUAAAGGUUGCAGGUUACGUAACCCUAUCGCUACAAAACUAAAUAUUUAUAAAGAAUAUCGCCACUGCCUUUUGACACUGACAGUGGUCAAGGGAGGUGAUGUUAAAGGGAUACUCCAGGCACCCAGACCACUUCUGCCCAUUGGCGUGGUCUGGGUGCAAGCUCCCACCACCCUUAACUCUGCAAGUGUAAUUAUUGCAGUUUUUAUAAACUGCAAUAAUUACCUUGCAGGGUUAAGUCCUCCUCUAGUGGCUGUCUGCCAGACAGCCACUAGAGGGACUUCGGUUUUCUUAGCACACGAAAAGUAUUUUAAACGACGCUGGACAUCCUCACGCUAUGCAUUGAAUAAUGCUUUUCUGUGGGGAGGUCUAAUGCGCGCGCGGCCAUUGCUGCGCAUGCGCAUUAGGUUUCCCCCGCCGGCUGAUGUCUGCGGGGGAGGUGCGUGGGCGGAGACAGACCCAGCGCCGAGGGACAUCGGCACUGGAUUCAGGUAAGUCACUGAAGGGGUUUUAACCCCUUCAGCAACAUGGAAUGAGGGAUGGGAGGGAGAGGGCCACUGCAGGGCCCUACAGUGCCAGGAAAAAAGAGGAAAGAAAAGAGUCUGUCCCUACUACCAAUAUAAGGUACACACAAACAGUUAAAAAUCUCUAAAAUACUUUAUUAUAUAUAGAGAACAUAAAUCUAUAAAAACCCCAGCGAUGGCUACCUGACUACACAAGAGUCAAUUAUGGCAGACAAAGCAAGGAGCACACAAGAAAAAGAAAAAAAACAAUCAAAUAAAUAGUCUAAUAAUCUAAUGGAUAGUUUACACAUAACAACAUGAAAAAGAAUGAAUAUGUGGUGGUGUCAGUAAAUCCAAAAUAGGAUAUAGUCCAAGUGAAUCCCACUGAGUGAGGCUGGCAAUAACAUUCAGUUUCUAAUAAAUUGUAUCAAGAGAUACCCAGUUGAGUCAAAUGUAACUAUCAUGGAUAUUACUGCCUUCCAUGUCAAUUACAUCUAAAUGGGUUAGUGUAUAUGUAUCCAAAAGGAUACACUACAAUGUAUCAAUGCAGUUUAACCACAGGAGAUUCUCCUAUGAUAUAAUAUAAACUCUAUCUAUAAUGAAAUUAGUGAAUAGACUUGUGCAAUAAUAAUGUCGUCAAAAGUUCUGGUAUAAGGAAUGAGAGCAGAUAUUAAGGCAUGCUAUAUUAGUAUUCAAAUGAUCGCUGGUGAAAUUUCUCAGUUAAAAGGAAGGACAUCGUAAUCUGGAAAUUGUGUAAUUCUAUUGAAAAAUAUGAUAUCUAGUAAUAAGAAAUCACCAAAUAAACCAAGUAGGAAUAGUGCCUUCAAGGGCACCAGGUAUAGGAUAGAGAAUGGAGUAAGAAGAUAGUCCUAAUGUUAAUAAACAGCACUCUCAAGCUUUACUGAAUAAGAAGUGAAUCUGUAUAUGCUACAAGUUCUAUACUAAUGGCUACUAAUAUUAUGGUCAAUAUAGAAGUCUGUAGUGUGCCGUACUCUUAUUAGCACACUGAGCCCCGGAUAGCUAAAGGGUCAAUCAAAUCCGGGAAUUAAAUGUCAGCUCAGGGAAAAAGCAGAGAAGAGUACUGGGGUACACACAACCAGAACUUGAUAGUAGCUAAAAUAAUCAGGAAAAAAACGGAUAUGUUUUAUUCCUGGCACUGGAGAGUCCCUUUAAAGGAGCACUAUAGGGUCAGGAACACAAACAUAUAUUCCUGAUCCUAUAGUGUUAACACCAUCAUCUAGCCCCCCCAAUACAAAGUCUUACUGUAUUCAAGCUUGAAACUAACUCUGCUUGCUGUUAGACUCAGAAAAACAAGCAGUCUGCUGACAUCAUCAGAAGUAGUAGCCUGAUCCAAUCACAAUGCUUCCCCGUAGGAUUGGCUGAGACCGACAAAGAGGCAGAUCAGGGGCAGAGCCAGUAUGAUUCAAACACAGCCCUGGACAAUCAGCAUCUCCUCAUAGAGAUGAAUUGAAUCAAUGAAUCUCUAUGAGGAAAGUUCAGUGUCUGCAUGCAGAGGGAGGAGAUACUGAAUGUCUGGAUGCAUUUUAGGCAGCCAUGACCCAGGAAGGAUCUCUAACAGCUAUCUGAGGAGUGGCCAGUGAAGUUAUCACUAGGCUGUAAUGUAAACACUGCAUUUUCUCUGAAAAGACAGUGUUUACAGAAAAAAGCCUGAAGGUAAUGAUUCUACACAUCAGAACAAAUUCAAUAGGCUGUAGUUGUUCUCGUGACUAUAGUGUUCCUUUAAUGCAGUAGUUUAAAAUGUUCCUCUGAAUUAUUUGCUUGCUGCCUCUCUGCAGAUAAUACAAUAUAAUUUACAUAUAUUUAUCUAAGCCUAUUAUUAAUAGUCAACUUUAUUUUUAUAUAAUUUUUUUUUGUCAUUAAAGGGUCCAAGUGAUACUAGUGUUCCAUUUAUUUUCUGAGAUGCAUAUUUUCUUUUAACACUAUAUAUAAGAAACAUUUCAAAAUAAAAUAUGUGCAUUCUUUUAAGUUAAUGUACUAUUAAUUUAUAUCAAUAAUAUAUUUAUUGUAUAUAAUAAUAUAAGUUUUGUAUCCAGCAAAUAAUGCUGUGUGUUUGAGACUGUCAUUUAGAACUUGUAAAGGAACACAAUAGCCUUAGGAAUACAAAUGCGUAUCCCUAACGAUAUAGUGCCUUACUCACCGUUUCGGUUUUAUUUAUUUUAUUGAUAACCUGUUUUACCAAGAAUGUUACAUAGAAAUGUAUUUUGUUUUCAAGUAUGUCCCAGAGAGCGUGUAAAAAAUACAUUGCUACACAUAUAAUAUACAUCUACAGUAUUAUUAUGCAUGCGUAGAUGGUGGUGCAACAUGAAUGUUCUGCUUUGGCCAUGUAACUGGUUAAUAAAAAGUAGCAAAACUUCAUUAAUCUCGAAGCAGAUAAAGACAGGAAAUUGGAUGAAAAGUUUAUGUGGUGCAGACUUGCAGUAAAAAAAGUAGCCAAGCCAGUCUUCUUCCUCUUUUUAAAAAAAAAUGUUUUAUUUGCAGUUAUUCAGUUCAGGCAGACAUAGUUUGUAUAACAUUUCUGUCAGAUUUUGUACUCUUAUUAUGCUUUGCCCUCUGUUGCUCAGUUUCCCAAUUUGUUUGGCAUAGUGCUUUUUUCUUCAAGUAAACUAGGUGCUUGGUUGGUGGCAAGCCAGUUGCUUGUGUGCAGUUCCCAGUCCUCCAUGUUACAAUUAAACGAGUCUACACACUAAAACAAUGUAUCUCAAUACAUUCCAGACAUUCUUCCCGUCUAACCUGUUAAAAUGAGAGACAACAGCUCAUAUAUCUUCAUAUGUGGAAACAAAGGGAUUAUGUAGCAAUGGUCCUGCCUUUCUGUUGAAAAGUAAUGCAGUGAUAUUGUCAGUCAAUGUAACCUGUGAAUGUUAAACCACUUCCUGCUUAAUAGCCUGUUAAUGUCCAUCACUGAUUCACUGUGCCUUCAUCAUUUAAACCUGUUAAAACAACUAACACAUCGACACUAGUGAAGAUGUUACGACUUUGAUUCCAGUUUGAAAACCUCUGCAGUUUCAUUCUUCAUUCCUUUUGUUUCCUUGGUUAUUGGAGUUUCAAAGACUUUGUCCCUGAAUUGCACCACUUUUCUGCCAAUGACAUUUAAUUAAAGCUCCCUCAAUUGUGUGAAGUGGUUAUAUCUGAAGCAGAAGACUGGAUGAAGGCGACUAGUGAAGAACUGUAACAAAGGACCUGGUAGCGUAUCAUUAAUGGACAGUACCAAAUAUGAAGUAGACAUUCUGAAAGAUGUGCUGGUAUAGAGAUUGCUUGGGUACAAAGUUGUAGAAAAAGUGUCAGCACUGUGAAAGUACAUAAAGAGGGGUGGUAAUAUAAUGCUUAUAACCAUUUAUUGUUGAUCUAUUUAUACAGUGUGCAAGUUUAAAUCUCACAGAAGAUGUGCGGUGAGGGCCACCAAUAACUGCAAAUGGACAACUUUGGCCUCUAUUGGGAAGGACAUUAUAGAGGAUGAGGAUGGAGUGAGUCAAUUUUUUCCGAUUUCCAUAAAGUUGUUUUGGCAUAUCUUGCCCUAAUAUUGUGGCGAGUUAAUUUUCUCAUGCAAUGUUCCUUAAUAUGUAUUUUCCCUUUUAUUUGAAGGUAUCAAUGCCACACCAGUGGCUGGAAGGGAACCUACAUGUGAGUGCAAAGUGUACUGUGUGUGAGAAGACAUGUGGAAGUGUCCUCCGUCUACAGGACUGGCAGUGCUUGUGGUGCAAGGCAGCGGUAAGACAGGCUAUGAAACAAACCCUGUAUGUGUAUGUAAGUGUGAGGUGAGAAGUGUAGAAAUCCUCAUCUCUUCAGCAUGCAGAUUGGUGCCUGUGUAAUUCUUUGAACAGGUCAGAGAAAGAAUAUGGAGAAGAGGAGAAAUGAAACACUGUUUCCUCAUUUACAGUGUGCUCCUGGACUAAACUGGAUUGUCAGUGUUGUAUUCAAUACUGUAAUAACUGUAAGAGAAGUGACAAUUUCCCUAUCUAUGAUAGUGGGGGUUUUUGAUAUACUUAUCUAUGUCUAUAUUUUUAUCUUAAUUUAUAGCAUUAGAUCCGUAUAUUCCGUGAUUAUUCCUGUAGAAAGUUAUUAUUGUGGGGGAGUGAUGUGUUGCAGUUGAAUUUCUGUUGGGGAUGUUGCUGAUACAAUUUUGAUUAUGGUCUGUUGUUGCAGUAAUUAGAUAAGAUUUUAAUAGACAUCUGUAUUGCUAUGCAAACAUUUUGCAACAUUCUAAGGGUGCGAUCCAGGGUGAAUUGUUGUGAUCAUGUCACCGUAGGCACCAAACCAACUUUAGUUUAGUAAAGCAGUUUUAGUGUAUAGAUCAUGCCUGUGCAAUUCACUACUGUUUAGGAGUUAAAGCACUUUGUUUUAACAAUACUACAAUAAAGAUAUUCCAGUUUUGCAUAGUCUGUUUAAUCUAGCAUUUCUUAUCUCUUGCACUGCUUAUAGCCUCCUGUGUAUGAUUAAAGUUCACGUUACAGAGUAGGAGAUAAAAACUUCUAAAGCUGGGGGCGGAGCCUGACCACGAGCCUAAGCGGACGCACCUCGGCUAACCCUCGAUUAACCCACUCCUGACCAGGGGUUCCCUCAGAGCACAACCCAACAACCCCCCAUGCCGUUUGUGUACCUGGCACGGGGGAACCGACCAGGCAUAGACCCGAGGCCUACAAGCCCGCAGCAGCCCUCGAUUGGUCGGCACUCCUGGGCAGACUUGAACAGCCUGUAGACCCUGAGGUGGAAGACCUCUACACAGCACACGUGCAGACCUCGGAAUUGAUGGGCUGCUGCUCCCAGAAGCCUCCACCGGAGAUGCCCUCAGGGUCUAGGGACAUAGGCACCAUGCUGCAAUACCGACGACCGACGUCCAAAAUGGCGGGAGCAGCGGAGCAAGACACCACACAGGUACCGAUAGACCCCAUGCCGCCAGACCAACCCCCCAGAAAGGGUACAGACACCCAAAGGGAUACCAGAUGGGUCUGCCCCAGUUACCCAGCGGGACUUUCAGAACCUAGUCGGGGAACUCAAAACCCUCCUGGCAUCCAGCAUAGCAUCCAUAAAAACAGAUGUGCAGGCUAUUGCCGACAGGGUGCAGUCCACAGAGAACGAUAUUUCAGGCAUUAAGCAGGGAUUGAUAAUCCUACAGGACUCGGUCCUGGCCCUACAAGCCCAACAGCAAGCACUCUCUCUCCACUAUACCGCCCUUGAUGACUGAACAGGGCGCAACUACCUUAAGAUCAGGGGAGUACCAGACGCCAUCACAUCUGACGAACAACCUCACUAUAUGAGGCGCCUCGAAGCCACUGUCCUGCCGCCAACGCAUGCCAAAAAAUUUAACACAGAUGGGAUUUACCGCCUACCAUCCUCAGGCAGAGCAGCUCCAAACGCGGUUCGAGAUGUGAUUGUACGCUGCACCACCUCCCAAGACAAGAGCAGCCUGAUGACAGCUCUCUGGGGCAAGACGCCAUUAACAUUUGAAGGCGCACAACUCACAGUCUACCAAGACCUCACUAGAUCCAAGCUACAAUGUCAAAAAUCGCUGCACCCGGUCACCAGCGCCCUCAGAGAAGCGGGACUGGAAUAUCACUGGAGGUCCCCCAGGUUCCUGGUGGUCACACACAGGAGAACUGUCCAUAAACUCUCCACACUAGCAGAGUUCCCGACAUUCUGUAAGGCACUGGGCCUUCCCGCACCUGCGCAGGAUGCCGACCGACGAACCGCAACAGAUACCUGACUCCCCCGGACACAAUAAUAACCAGGGCACCCACAGUUUACCCCCGGCUGAGAUGCUUCUAUCUUGUUAGCCCAGAGAAAUUCCCAGUUUACUGAUUCCCCCUUAGAAGGAGGAAUCUGCCGCUAUGUUUCCAACCCUCCCCCCACCCCCGAAGGAGGCCCUGAAUCCACAACCUGUUCAGGUUGCAUUAAGCCCACCGAUAUCACGCAGCCAUGCUCCCAGUGCAGUUCACACUCUCCUGAUAAUGUACCAGAGCUGGUCCAUAAUCUUAACGGUUCAUUCCUGUUCUCACACUAAUGCAAACCUUAUAUUGCAAAACAAGUAUACGUUUGUUGAAUGUACAAUGUGUUACGUGUUUAUGUUUAAAAAUUUAAAAGUUCAAUGAAAAGAGAUUGACAAAAAAAACUUCUAAAGCAAGUGAACAUCUGAUUUUUUUUUCUUGCAGGCUGUGGGAGUCACAGGCAGGAGAGGUGUGGCUAACCCUGUAUAAACAGAAACAAGUGAUUAAACCCCUAAAUGGCAGAGAAUUGAGCAAAGACCUCUAUAGAAUUUGCAUAGACCUCCGACUGUGGCCCAAGUCAUUGCUGUACUCCCACGCACGAUUGAGAGUACAGCAUAGAAUUCUACGAAGGGUGCCUUGAGAUCCUCCAUAGAUAAAUUCAAUUCCCUGUAGCUGUCUUUGGUGACGGCUGGAGGGGUGAACACUUCUAGACGGUGGUAGCUUUGACCAGUGUCUAGAAGUGUCAGUUGUAGGAAAUAUACUGUGACAAUAUAGUCCCUAUUUUGUCUCAGUAUAUCUCUUGACUGAAUUGGGAUUGCAGGGAAAUUUCAACACAGCCAAUAUGAGUAUUUCAUAAAGAUUCUAUCUUUAUGAAAUACUAAUUUUUCAUGGGGGGAUGACAGUACUGCUUUAAGUUAAAGUUGUUUCGUUGCCUAUAGUAUCCCUUUAAUAUUGUUUUCCUGACCUUGGUUGAUAUGCUAGUUAGUUUUCAGUAUUGUAUGCUUGGGAUAAUUGAAGCAAACAAAUAGCAACUCUGUCCAUUGGUUUUAAGGGCAGUCUAUAACCCAGCUCUCCUCAUCUCCACGCUGCAGUUUCAGACUUUUCUGGCUCAGUGCAAAGAUGGAAUAAAGGAUUAUGGCACACUUGCUUUCCCAGUUUGACUUUAGCAUCAGGUUUCUGCUCUGGUCCCAACCAGUUCAUUUUGAGUGACACAGAAAACCUUUUUAUGCGUACACUGGGACAGAACUACAGUGUUACAUUGAUACUUACACUUGAUGUUGCUGUCACCAGCUAAGCACAGAUCUGUGUUAUAAUAGAUGCCUUCCAUUUUUGUUGCUUAGUUAUAACAUUUACUCAUUGUUUUUUGUCUUCUGUUAUCUUUCCUUUUCUGUAGGUACACACAUCUUGUAAAGAUCAUCUUCCUAAGAAAUGUCCCUUGGGACAAUGUAAAGUGUCAGUAAUUCCUCCGACAGCUCUUAACAGCAUAGAUUCAGAUGGUAUGUUACAUUGAAACAGUAAGAAGGUGAAAAUGUUCAUGCUGUUCGUUUAUUUCAAACUUAAAAUAAAGUCAAAUGAUUAUUUUACUAACAGAUUACUGAGUCCUUAGUGCAAGCCAUUCAUACGUACUCAUUGUGGUUAUAUAUAUAUAUAUUUUAAAAAUACAGUGCCUUAAACAAUGCAAAAAUACAAUGCAUGUCAAAGAUGUCGGGAUCUCAUUUUGUGUUGCUAUUAAUAUUAUCUAAACAUUGUUAGUCUGUUGACCAACAGAGGUAUAGAUAUAAAUUAUAUUUGACUUUUUCUACCUAUAGAUACAAAUAAAACAUUAAGCAUUGCAUCCUGAAAUUGAGACAAGCAGCUGCAUUUGCAACGUCCUGUCAUACAUGAUCCAGACAGCUGCAUUGUGGGAUAAGUACAGAUGGCUGCUCAAUCACACAUUCCCCAGGCAGCUACAUAUGUCCAAUUAAUCAUUUUUUUGGUGAUAUAGCCAGCACAGUUAAUUGGUUAUAUGUAUAUAUCAAGCCGUCUCUCUGCCAUCUGCAUGCUUUGUUACUUACAGAGUAUUUUAAUUCUAUGAAAAUAGUUGAAUGUAACAGAUAUUUCUCUCCUUUGUAAUUCAUAAAGUAACACCGUCUCUGUGACUGUAUUACUCAAUUACCAUACACAUUUAUUUUUUUGUUAUCUUCUCUUCAGGGUUUUGGAAGGCUAGUUGCCCCCCCUCCUGCACUAGUCCCUUGCUUGUGUUUGUCAAUUCAAAGAGUGGAGACAACCAAGGGGUGAAGUUUCUGCGGCGUUUCAAACAGCUGCUCAACCCAGCUCAAGUAUUUGACUUAAUGAAUGGCGGACCUCAUCUAGGGUGAGAGCAAAAUAGAGCAAAUUUGCAAGUUAAGAGGCAAUUGGGGCAAGAGCAUGGGUAAGCAGAUGAAAUAGAGAGCAGUCAAAGGCAAUUGACAAAGAAGAACAUAAUGAGUAAGAAAGUACGUACUCAAAAAUGGUGCAAAGUUACAUGUGAAUGCAAGGGUGGAACAUUGCAGACGCAAAUAUGAUGUAUUCUGGGAGCAAAGCAGCAUGGACCUGCAGAGAAAAAACUGACACAGGGCAUUUCUCUCUUCUUGCUCAGCUUGCGCCUGUUUCAGAAGUUUGACACAUUCCGUAUUUUGGUGUGUGGAGGUGAUGGAAGUGUUGGGUGGGUUCUUUCUGAAAUCGAUACUCUUAACCUUCACAAACAGGUAGGUACGACUCACUUUUCUGUCAACUCACUGCUCUUGUGUCUGCAUUUACUAUAGUAUUGUACUUGUUACUUGAAUCAUUUGUCUCCUUGAGGAAAAAACUCUCCCCUCUUUCUUUUAGUGCCAACUUGGAGUUCUCCCUCUAGGGACCGGGAAUGAUCUGGCUCGGGUGCUUGGAUGGGGCUCUGCUUGUGACGAUGACACUCAGCUCCCCCAAAUUCUGGAGAAACUGGAAAGAGCGGGAACAAAAAUGCUAGACAGGUGAGAGUUGGGUUAUGAUUCUGCGAAGGAGAUGUUGGGAGACCAUCCAUAAUGGUGAACAGUACCUUAGUGCUUUUUGGCUUAAUUUCAAAGCUCUGUGUCAGGUGCAAUGAUAUGACUUAAUAUGCUAUUAAAGUAGCCCUAUGUGUUCAGUAGACUUAUGCUGUAGUUUAAACCUCAAUAAAAAUAUGUAAAAAAAAAAGAAAACAAAAACCUCUGUAAUAGAAUUAUGCAAUGCAAAGCACCUGAUAGCUAUAUAUAAAAAAAUAUUUUUACUAUAUUUACUAUACUUUUACUAUAUUUACAAAGAAAAGGUUUGGUUUUCGUAGCUAUAAAUAUGUUUUAAAGUCUGUUGGCAUAGCCAGGUUUGUUAAAUUCAAUAGGCCCUAGAGAAUCUGUGCAUUAAGAUAAAUGUUGUCUUUUUAAGGCCAUGUGUGUGCUUUUUGUUCAUGAAAUAAGUCUGUCACAUUGAGAAUACAAACAUUCAAACUUCCACUACUCUUGCGCUGCAGCAAUGGCUACAGUAUACAUCAGCCCAAAUACACAGAAAAAAACACAAAAAAGAGUUACCGGUGCAGUAUCCUAAUUCCCUAUGCACAUUUAAAUAACUGGAGAUUAAAAACAUUUACUUCACAAUUCUAACAUUCAUAUGCAUUAAAAUAAAACUGACAACUAAUACUUUAACACGUCAUAUAAUAAGGAAGAGGUUAAUAUGCUACUAGCUAACAUGACUUUGUGAGCAUAAAAUAAUUUUCUUAUUUGAAGCUUUAAGUAAGUGAAGAUGCGCUAUAGUUUUGCUUCAUACUGUGAACUGAAUUACAUAUUAUUUGCUUUUUUUUUUUGUCCUGACAGGUGGAGCAUCAUGGUGUAUGAAACCAAGCUUCCUGCCCAAACUCCAGACUCCAGCACAGCAAUGGAGCCAAAUGAAGAUUGCGAGGUAGGUAGACGUUGCCUGAAUGACUUAUCUUUCUGAGUCUAUGGAGCUGAUAUCACAGCCUGUACCUUAUUCUUCUUGACCAUCUUCUAAUUCCUCUGUAGGUGCAGCAAAUCUUGGGCUAUGAGGACUCUGUGGCUGCUCAUCUAUCACAGAUUCUUAGCUCAGACCAGCACUCUGUGGUUAUCUCAUCAGCAAAGUAGGUCCCUCGAAUGGUGUAUGAGUGUCAGUGUGGUUAUUCCAUCCAUUUUAACAGUGUUAGAGGCUUUGACCUAGUUUGCUUGAUGAGGUUUGCAGUGCUUAAAUAUACGUGUAUGCACGGCACAACAUUUCCACUCAAUAAUAAAUACAAAUUGGUAAAGGUUGUAUUGCAGAAGGGGAGCAAAGUGGGUGCAAUCAAACAAUAAGCAAUAUUACAAACCUUACACGGAAAGCCUCUAUAGAGAGCUAGGCAUGUGUACUAAUACACCCCCAUCGUCAUUUCAGCACCUUGCUAGUGACAACCAAAUAAUGUAUUUCCACAAUUCUCUCAAAAUACUAUGCAAGGUGGCAUCCUUUAUUUUCACAUUUCCCACCGAAAGCACUGUUUUCCAGAGCUGCUGUACCUAUGGCAGUCCUUUUCUAAUAUUUGCCAUAUGAAAGGCUGGAAUAUGUAGGUUGUAGGUGAUAUACAACAAUAAAUUAAAUCGUAUGUACAAAUCAGUGGGGAGCAUUAUCCAUUUUCACUGUGUCUGCAAUUUUAAUAAUACUCAGCUUUACGCUUACAGCUUUUCUGCUGAUGAGACCCAAAAGAAUGAGACUGUGCAGGCCAUAGUUGUUUAUUUAUCAAUUAAAGCUACUCUACACACCAGAAUAAUUUGUGCUCAACACAGAGUUUCCUUUUUACAGCACAGUGUGUUUACCUUAGAAGUUCAUACUUCUUGUUCUUAAUUGGACUUUAAUCACACGUAGGAGGUUGUUUCAGUCUCUCGCAUGCAAUUAACAGAGAAAAUGAAAUGACAUUGUAAAUUGAACACAUUGUGCAAUAAGGGAAACUAAAAGUGUGAGCUGUUUUUCAGGAAGUGUGUAGAGUAUCACCCAGAGGAGUUAUGGUGGAGAAUCGUGCAGUAACAUUGCAGGAGCAUGAUCUAUACACCAAAUACCUUCAUUAAACUAAAGUUCUUUUGCUGCUUAGAGUGUCACUUUAAAAUCAUAACCAGCGUGUUGACAUAACAAUGUUGUAAAAUAGCAUUCCAUUGCUAAGGAACCCUGUAGCAAUAUGGGUUGAUAAUUGAAUUGUGCUUUUUUUUUAAUUUAGAAUCCAGUGCAAUGUACAAAACAUAGUCUUACAAUUUGUGAGUAACAGCACCAAUGUUUUGUAACAAUAGAAAAGCCUUACCCACUUGAAAAGAAAAGAAUAAAAGGGAAAACAAGGCCCCUGGGAGCCAAUAAAGCACAAAGGAAUACCAUAGGAAACAGGAGUGUGGAUUGUGAUUUUUGCACAUUUUGUGAGCUGUUUUAGAGCUGCUGUGUUUUUUAUGGUUUGGCAUGGGAUAUGUAGGUGAUGCAAAAGUUCCAAAAGAAAUACUCCCAUCACGUUGGAGACAAAAUUUAAGUAGUAUUAUUUAGCCAUAUUAAAACAGCGAACGUCCUUUAUCAAGACAAAAUAUCUGCCAAAGCGAAAUAAAUAAAUAAAUAAACUUACAUGGAGGAAAAUUCACCAAUAUAGUGACUGACAUACCUGGUUCAAAUUACGAACACCUGAGAAAAGGUGUGUGCACUGCAAAUGAAACUCCAGCCACGACAUAACAAAGGAAAGGACCUGCCCAGUCCAAAGAACCUAUCCAAAUAAAAAACAAAAAAAUAUAAAAAUAAAAUAGAACUAAAUAAAAAACAAUCUAAAUGUCAAAUGAUAUUAAAUAUGCAAAAACCAUAAUUAUUGCAAAUAAACCAUAUAAAGCAUCAAUGCAUAUCUUUAGAUAUAUGUAUGGGAUGAACAUAUUGGAGACCUGUCGGUCUGAUAUAUCUGUUUAAGGACACUGGUCCAAAAAUAAAUCACCUUUGGGCACUCGCUCCAUCAUAGGCGUGCGCAGCCUAUUGUAUAAGGGUGUGCACCCUAAAGCAGAAACACGCCGCGUAUAUAUAUAUAUGUGUGUGUGUGUGUGUGUGUGUAUAUAUAUAUAUAUAAAAACAAUCGAACUGUACCUUGCACACAGGCUCCUAAGACUUCCAAGACCGGGUGCAUAGCCUGGGCUUCAAUAUCAAUAUAGGCAAGUAGGAUGGCUGCACUCACGGAUUUCCAUUUAAAAAAUAACUUUUAUUCAGUUUCCAUAAAAUCGACGUUUCAGUCCACCUUGUGUGUUAGUGUGUGCUGUGUGUAUAUGUGUGAGGGUGCUGUUAGUGUGUGUGUGCGGUGUGUGUAAGGGUGAUGUGUGUGUUUGUGCUGUAUGUUUGUGUGUAAUGUGUGGGGGCCGUUUAGUUAAUAUCCCCCCUCCCUUCUUACCUUAUGUAGGGAGGGGGGACCGUGCUCCUGCCUUCCAUGGUAGUCCAGUGGAGAGUGAACUCUAGCCCCCUGUGGCAACGCUCCGACUGCGCGAGAGGAACCCGGCGGAGCUGCUGGCAAGAGCUCCCCGGGUCCUCUCCUGCCUCCCUCCCUGCCUGUGGGUCGGUGAGGGAGAUCUUUGAUCUCCCUCACCUGCGUGCGGCGGGGAUUAGGGUGUGCCUAGGCGCUCCAUAUAGGCAGACAUGUGUCACCUUUUACAUCUUUAAAAGAUUACUGGCGUGGGAGGGAAUGUUUGAUGGAAUUGUUGAGGGUUCAUAUACUUGGAGUUUUUUUUCUUGAAAAAUCUGUAGGCAAUUGACAGACUUUUUUUUCAGUCAAGAUAUUUAAAGGGACACUAUAGUCACCUGAACAACUUCAGGUUAAUGAGGUUGUUCAGGUGAGAACUAUAGCUCCCUGCAGCCUUUCUCAUGUAAACACUGUAUUUUCUGAGAAAAUACAGUGUUUACAUUGAAAGCUAGGAACACCUCCAGUUGCAGUCACUCAGAGUGAACCAGAGGGACUUCUGAGUUGAUGGAGGCAUAAUAUGAAUAUUGAACACAGUAAGAUUUUUACUAUAUUUAUGGAGGCAUGAGGGGCCCAGGGGGGCUAGAUGGUCGUGUUAACACUAUAGGGUUAGGAAUACAUGUAGUUGCACUGGUGACUAUAGUGUCCCUUUAAAUCAGUUCUUCAUCUCAUACUCCAAAGUCUAGAUAUGAGAUUAUUAUUUUUUUGUUUUGUGGGUGGGUUAUCAUAAUAGCAGUGUCCCUAUAUUGGUACAGUGAUGAUUUACAUUGUGUACUCUUUCCUCAGGGUGUUAUGUGAGACGGUGAAGGAUUUUGUGGCACGAGUUGGGAAAGCUUACGAGAGGAUGACAGAGAGCUGUGAAGAGUCAGAAACAAUGGCAGGAAAGGUACAAUACCCAAUCUGAUUUAUAUUUAAUCUAAAACUUCCAUUCAAUGUUUGUAGGUUACGGCAAGUCCUAGUUGUCCUUUAUCUCUUCCAUUCCCCGAAAUUAAAGGUCUGUCUGAUUACAUGUUUCAUCCUUAUUACUAUUGUCAACGUUUAGCGAGAUUUAGAUAGAUAAACAUGUUAAAAUGCAUUUUGGUUUUUAAGUCUUGUUACUCCUGCCCUUUCAAUACAUGACAGCUACUGUCUCCUUUCGCAUAGUGUUCUCUUCUGCGAGAAAAGUUGGAUUCCCUCUUAAAAACAUUGAAUGAGGAAUCGCAGGCUACGUCGGUCCUUUCCCAGCCACCUCCAACCAUUCGUGAAGAAGGAGAGGAAAACGUGGAAAUGGACACGAGUCAACCAUCGAUGUCUCCUUCUUUGGGUCGUGCACAAACUUUCAAGCCUCGUGAGCAGCUGAUGCUUAGAGCUAACAGCUUAAAGAAGGCAAUUCGGCAAAUCAUAGAGCAAGCAGAGAAAGGUAUACGUAGAAGUUGCACAUUUACUGCAGAGUUUGAUGAUUUUUCUCUGUGAUUGUUUUAUUAUAUUUUUGCUUCAGUGUUCUAAAUCUAGCUUAUUUCAUUUCAGCUGUGGAUGAGCAAAAUGCACAGACUCCAGAUUCAGAAGACUUCAUGAUGGCCUUUCCCCCUGAGGAUGGAAAAGUACAGAAAUGUGACAGCUCUGUCAACUUGCAGAGUGAAAAUAUGCCACCCAAGUUUAGGAAUUCUGGCCGAGGUACCAAACCCACCAGCUGGUUCUGUAGCCCCACUCCCUUCUAUGUUUAGAGGGAUUUUUAACUUUCUGUCAAAACAUAGUUGUACAGCUGCACGUUGUCAUACUCAAUUUUCAUGAUUUUAAUUAUUACAUCCUUUUUUCAAUCUUUUUUUUUUUUAUUCCUCAGUGAUUACAGAUCUCAGUAUUGACCUUUCAAUACUCUUGUAUGAUUGUAGUCCUCUCAUUUUCAAUACUCCUGUAUGAUUGUAUCUAUCUUGUUUUCAAUAAUCCUGUUUGAUUGUUGUACUCUCGUUUUCAAUACUCCUGUAUGAUUGUAGUCCUCUUGUUUUCAAUACUCCUGUAUGAUUGUAGUCCUCUCGUUUUCAAUACUCCUGUAUGAUUGUAGUCCUCUCGUUUUCAAUACUCCUGUAUGAUUGUAGUCCUCUCGUUUUCAAUACUCCUGUAUGAUUGUAGUCAUCUUGUUUUCAAUACUCCUGUUUGAUUGUAGUCCUUUUGUUUUCAAUACUCCUGUUUGAUUGUAGUCCUUUUGUUUUCAAUACUCCUGUAUAAUUGUAGUCCUUUCGUUUUCAAUACUCCUGUAUGAUUGUAGUCAUUUUGUUUUCGCCUGCCAGUGAAGCUAUAAGGCAUUUUUGUAUUUUGCCCCUCAUUUUAUCUGUUAUUUCUGUAGGUGGCAAAUCUGCCAGCAAAAGCAGCUUAUCUGCAGGAGCCUCUGUGUCCCUUCCUGCCCCCACCACCCAGCGUGACAGCUUACCGGUGCUGAACUCCAAAAUUCUAUACUCAAGUAAAUCGUUUAUUCUUAUCAUUUUCUUACAAAAGUGAUUUUUGGCUAAAAAAAAGUUUUUUCCUAUACAUAUAUUCAUUUAUUUUACAGAUAUGAGAGCUGGAAUGUCUGGAUCCUUGCCUGGCAACUCUAUUAUAAGCCGUCUGUUAAUAAGCGCUGACCCUUUUGGAUCUGAACCAGAUAACCUGUAAGUAUAUGUUGUUUGUCACUCCUUCACAAUGUACUGUACAUACUCUAAGCCCAAUGACCUAGAAGGAAGAUUUGGUAUUAAAACAAUUGCAGCAGGAUUCAACCUUUUCUCAUAUGACAAAAAUCUAACUGUGUUAAAAUAGUUGUAGUUGUUUUAAAAAUGAUUUUUCAUCCCUUGAAACUCCUAUCUGUAUUCUAUCUUUGCUCAUAAAGGGAUAUUCAAGGUUUCUAUGGUGCAACAAUGCCUCUGAUGUAACAUCAUGUUUAAAAAAAAUAAAAAAAAUAAAAAAUAACUGGUUCAAAAAUCUCUUUGCUCCACCAUAUGAAAAAUAUCAGUGUUAUAGUUAUAAAUACAUUAGUUAAAAUAGAAGCACAAGCUAAUGGGUGUUGUAAUGCAGCUCAUGUUAUCUUGUGAUGGUAGUUUUUGUUCCCCAUGAUGGAAACCUAUUAAAGUUUUAAAUCAGAGAGCUGUGAAUUUGCACAGGAGUUUCACUGAAAUCAGUAAAGAGCUGAGCUAGUUUUUGGUCACUGUAGAAGUAACUGAUCUUGGGAGUUUGCACUUGGAAGUGAGAAUCUUUUAAUUUAUUAUUUAUUUAAAAUUUUUAUGUUUUUUUGUUUUUGUUUUUUUGUAUCAGAUUUUUUUUUAAUUGCAUAAAAGUAAGAACAUGGUUGUUAACUCCAGCCCAGGGUGUCCCUUUAAGAAACAGGGUGAUACCAGCAAUCUGUGCAAGCAAAUCAGAAACAGGCUUUCUAUAUUUUAUCCUGCUCCCUUUAUUACAAUAACUAUAGAUAAGACAUUAUGUUACGGACUUGCUGGUCAAGUAAAAAAUAUUCAGUGUCUGCAAUAAGUGUGUUGUCUCAUGGUGGUUUUAUUGCGCCAGCAAACAUGACAAGGCAGCAUUUAGACACAUGAUGUGUCUUUUUCAAGCCACAAGUUGGAUUGACAAAGGCACAUCUUGUAUCAAAACGUUGCCUUGUCACGUUUGAUGGCUCAAUAAAGCCAGCAUGAUACUGCGGAUUAUCUUGUUGUGACUUAAAGUAAGAGGAUGGAGUGGAACAGGAGUCAUAGCCUAUGGCACAAGCAUAAUAAAUGGAAGAAACAUAGGGAUUGCUGUGUUUUUUAAUGAUAAUAGUAGUAGUUACAUCUUACAUCUUGAGGGCAGGUAACCUCUAGCACUAAGCCUCCAUUAACUCCAGGAAUCAUAAUCCAAAGUUAAGUAACCUAUAAUCACACUGUAUGACACAGGAUCACCCUGCUGUAUUCCACUUUGUUACAACACCAAAUACAGCAGCGAAUCUUGGGACUGUACAAUGUAAACAAUGGUAUAAUGACUCUGUGCUGUUUUAAUUUCAAGUUGAGGUUUUUGCGAUUUGUGCAGAAUAUCAUGCUGAAUCUAAUUCUAUAUUAUUACAUGCUGUUUAUAACAGUACAUUUAACCCCCACUUUUGUCCCCAGGGAUUGUUACACAGAGAAGUGUGUAAUGAAUAACUAUUUUGGGAUUGGACUAGAUGCAAAAAUAUCUUUAGAUUUUAAUAAUAAAAGGGAUGAGCACCCGAAAAAGUGCAGGUAAGAGAAGUGUUCUAAAGCAGGGUUAAACGUUUGGGGGUUCUGUUAUGUUUAAAAGACCAUAGCAACACUGCAUCAUCACAUCCGCAACCACUCUUAGUGUUGGGUAUGAUUUAUAGCCACUGUGAUUGGUAAAAAUGAAAUGUUGCAGUUAUAGGCACAAGUCUCUCAGGUCUGGGCAUCCACUGUUAAUUGUGUCCUCAAAUGGAGCUGAUAUCUCUAUCUAACUUCCAAAUUAGCCCUUAGAAGCAGACAUGUGCAGUCUGCAGCUCGGCUGAUUCUUACCCUCUGCCUUGUUCACUAAACUGUGAACCGGCUGUGUGUAAAGUGAUAGAAUAAGUUGAACUGAUAUAUGUUGAAAAACUUAAAUCAAUCACACUGGAAAUGUUAUAUGGUCAGAGGAACUUCUGCUGGGGGAUAAACUACUUCUUUAUGGAAUAAAAUCAGGCUCUGUUGACCAAACUGAUAAGCUCAUCAAAUAAGGGGUCCAUUUUUAACAUGGUUUUCUUAAUCUAUGACUCCUCUCAAAUGUCAGGAGCCGUACAAAAAACAUGAUGUGGUACGGAGUACUGGGGACCAAGGAGCUUUUACAGAGGACGUAUAAGAACCUUGAGCAGAAGGUGUUGCUAGAGGUAUGUAUUAGCACUUUGUAUUCUAUGUGAAGGCUCUUUUUUACUAGUGUAGCCGUGUUACCGUUUUAACAUUGAUUUUACAGCUCCCCACUUAGUCAAUAACUCUUCAAGUUCCCCAAUCAUUUUAUAUUGUACAGAGGCCUGUCGUUUGGGUUAACAAUCAUUGCAAGAGCACAUGUGGAAUAAACGUUAUCAAUUAGCACAUAACCUGAACAUUUUCUAUGUCACUUGCCAUAUAAACCGUUAAUAAUUUCAACACAGAGUACAGUAAACCAUAAACUCUGAGGAAUAGGGGCUGUGAUUAUAACACUAAUGUACAAAAACCACUCACACCACAUUCCACCAUUUACUGGCAUUAUUAUUUUUUUAUUUUAUUUAAAUACUAUUUUCUUGUUCACAUUAAUAAUUUAGCAGAUCCCUUUAAAACAGUUACGUGAUAUGACCUUCAUGUUCCUUGUACGUUACGGAUUCCUUUCUCUGUCUGGCUAUCAUCUCCUUUAUGUGUAUAUGUAUCUCUUUUUAGAAAUGUGUUCCUGUCACUGUGCAUUUCUCUGCCUCUCUGGAUGUGUUUGUCUCUGUGUCUGUCUCUAACACUGGUUGUGUCUGUCUUUCUUCUUUUAGAUGUCUGUCUCUUUCUUUCUCAGUGGAUGUGCGUGUCUCCCUCCACUUACCCCAAUGUCCCCCGCAGUGUGACGGGGUGCCCAUUCCCUUGCCCAGCCUCCAAGGCAUUGCUGUAUUGAACAUCCCAAGCUACGCCGGGGGAACUAACUUCUGGGGAGGCAGCAAAGAAGACGAUGUAAGUUACCAAUGAGGCUAAUUGAUAUGCAACUUGUCCUAUAUGUGGCAAGUGUCCCCCAUCUCACGUGGUUCCUUUGUUCUUCUCAGACAUUUGCAGCUCCCUCUUUUGAUGAUAAGAUCCUGGAAGUGGUUGCUGUAUUUGGUAGCAUGCAGAUGGCUGUGUCCAGGGUCAUUAAGCUGCAGCAUCAUCGAAUUGCACAGGUAACUGUAUUAAUCACAACACUGUUAGAAAUCAUUAUUUUCAUACUAAUUACACAUUUCUUACUGUUACAAUUGCAGAGGAGCAAUAGUAUAUGAACAUUUAUACUUCUGAUUUGUAGAUCUCUCGAUCAUUUGUAGGUGAUUAUUUUAAUCUAACUUUAGGUUUGUAAUUCAUUUCAUUAUAUCCGUUAUUUCAUUCUGAGUUUCAGAAGGUUUACUAAAAACAGGGCUCACAAAUUUCCACUAGCCAUUGGCAUGUGUAAAUUCUUCCAACACAAAUCUAACUUCACCCAUGUGUGACAUGGACCCUCCAGGCUUGUAGUGGCAAGGAACGUUUGAGGCCUGGCUUGCAGAGUAGGACUUAAAAUUCUACCCCUGCGAUAAACUGAGUAAUACACACAUGAAGGGCCACAUUUUGUGUUAAUUGAUUAUUUGAAUAUUGUAAAUGUGUUAAAGAGACUUUGAAGACAUUUAAAUCCUGAUGUUGGAACAAUAUUACUGUUCAAUACAUAAAACAGGAUUGUCAGAGUGACAGCCAAGAAAGGUAGCUUCUAGUAGCAGCCAGUAUAGAAACCAUGAUUCUGUGGUCUCUUUGAUUUGUAAAACCCCAUCAUAAAUGUUAUAUAGGUGCUUCAAAGGAUUUGUAAAUGAUUGUAAUAUCUGAGACAUCCAGAUUUCGGAACACUUUAAGAAAACUCUUGCUAUACAUUAGGGUUAACAUAUAUGUUAAACUUUAAGACUUCCAUAGACAUCCAUAUUACAGUAGGCCCUAUAAUAGGGUGAUUACUGGCACUGAACAUUCAAUUUUUUUGAGAUGCCUGCUGUUCUUUGUUUUUCCACCAGUGCCGUAUGGUGAAGAUUACAGUUCUGGGAGAUGAAGGAAUUCCAGUGCAAGUGGAUGGAGAGGCCUGGGUACAGCCUCCUGGAUUUAUCCGUAUAGUGCACAAGAACAGGACGCAGACUCUGACACGAGAUAGGGUAAGACAGUAAUCCUUGUACUGUGAGGUCAAUACAGACCAGUAACAGCCAAAGAAGUUCUCAACACAGGACAAAAAAUGUUUCAUCAUUAUCUGGAUUGAAAUAGGUUCUUAUACAGGGUUUAAUCACUAAACAGGAAACUGUGGAAAACUAUUGACUUAAAGUGUGUAUGUGCCUUGUCAAUCAAUCACAAUCCCCCUUAAAGAACCACUAUAGGCACCCAGACCACUUGAGCAUAAUGAAGUGGUCUGGGUGCCAGGUCCCCCCUAGUUUUAACCCUGCAGCUGAAAACAUAGCAGUUUCAGAGAAACUGCUAUGUUUACAAUGAGGGUUAAUCCAGCCUGUAGUGGCUGCCUCACUGACAGCCACUAGAGGCCGCUUCCGCGAUCCUCAAUGCGAAAAUCGAAUUGAGGACACGCUGAAGUCCAUAGGAAAGCAUUGAGUAAUGCUCUGGCUCUGGCCGUGCAUGCGCAUUUGGGGCUGACGUCGGCAGGGGGAGGAGAGGUCACCAGCGCCGAGGGAGCCCGGCGCUGGAUUAAUGUAAGUGGUCCAUCGGGAGGGGGGUCUUGAGGGAGGGAGGCACCUAAUAACCCUAUAGUGCUCCUUUAACUAAACUCAUCUUCUGCUGUUCAAAUCAAAGAACAAGAAAUACCAUGAAAUAUGCAAUACAUCUAGUUCCACAGCAAUAUUAUACCAGCUCCUUAAAUUCUCUGUACUCUGCUUUGAAUUGUGUGCACUUUCAUUUCUGCUUUGAGUUAAUAAUCCACUGCCAAAAUAAGAAAAAAAAAUGUAAAUGACUAUUUAGUAGAUACAACCCCCCAAUGAAACAAUGCAUUCAUUUAAUUAUGCAUUUUUUAUUGGAAAUAUUUUUAAAAACUGCUUGCAAAAGCUGCAGAUUUCUUGUCUGCAGCCUUUGCAAGCCCUCACUUUCGAACCCGACUAGACUUUUUGUGACUGUCCAAUCACAGACUUCCCAAUGCAGCUCAAUGAGAAGUCUUUGCAAGGCAGGUGCUCUGGGCAAUUGCUGCCUCAUAGGUUUAGCUCCACUGAACUACCAAACUAGGAAUUAACAGGACCUAGAUUGUCUGAUUGACAUGUAGUUGGUGUGAGAAGCUUCAUUUAUAAAAUUGUCAAUUUCUAUUGAAAUCUGCACGUUUUGCAAAAUGGAAAAAAAAAGGACACAUUUCAUACAUAAAACUUAUCAGCAAGUUGGAGUGUCCUUCUAUUAAAAUUGGUGUAAAUGCACGCACCCUCUUCUGCUCUCAGAUUAACCUUACCCAAUAAUUUUUGUAGGCGUUUGAAAGCACAUUGAAGUCCUGGGAAGAUAAACAGAAAUGUGAAGUUACCCGCUCUGCCACAUCGCCCCUGCAUCCAGAUGUGCUUUCUGACGAGGAGUCCUCACAGGUGUCACGGUUUGGCCAUUCUGCAGGUGCACUCAUCCAAAGGUAAGGGAAUGGCUGCUGGAUGCUUACUCCUCUUUGUCUGCUUCAGGGGUUACUUAAAAGCACCAUCACAGCUUUACAUGAUUGAGUGUACUGAGCAUACUCUCAGUAAUUUGUAAAAUUCUCUGUAGCUGUAAGUCACCCCCACAGAUAUGCCAAUUAGGCAGUCUGGAAUGAGAGUAAUAGGUUGACUUAUUAAUUCUGUGCAACCUGUGUGCAACACAUUCACAUCAUGGACAGAGCUCCUUCUCUAGCUGAAACAUGGGUUUUGGUUCUGCCGAUAAUUGCACUUAGCCUGCUUCACUAUACAGAUUUUAGAGCAUUUCCACCCAUCCUCUGUGGUGAGUGGAACUGCUUUUUUGUAUAAACUACUUAUCUUGUAAACCCUUUCUGGAAAUGCUUUAGUGAAAAAAUCGCAUAGACUGUAUAUGUGUUAAUAAAUUCCUCUGAUGGACUUCAUCUCUCUUUACAGCAUUAAAGAUAUAGCCGUUUCACACCCGGACAUGGAGCAGGAAUUGGCACAUGCUGUUAACGCCAGCUCUAAAUCCAUGGAGAAUGUUUAUAAUAAGAACUCUGAGGUACUGUAUAUUGUCAUUCUGUCUAUUACACCACUCUGACAAUACCUCAUUCUCUGCAUAAAUUGGUAAGCUGGGGUGGAAAUCUCGAUUCAUGUUGGUGUUUUCAGGCAUGGAGUGCGGCACACAUCAAUACAAGUUUAUCAAUACACAAUGUGAUGAUUGUGUGGAAAAUAACUGUAAUGUAAUGAGAAAUCAGCUUUAGAACUUACAAUGAAUUUGAUAUUUAUAUAUAUAUAUAUAUAUAUAUAUAUAUGUGUGUGUGUAUAUAUAUAUUUAUAUAUAUAUAUGUAUAUAUAUAUAUAUAUAUUAUAUGUAUAAAUAUAUAUAUAGUUAAAUUCAUUGUAUAUAUACACUAUGGUCAUUGAUGCCGCCCAAGAGUAGUGGGAGUUUGAGCGCAGGACUUGUUUUUGUGUGUAUAUAUAUAUUUAUAUAUGCCUUAUUUUUUUAUAUAUAUAUUUAUAUAUACCUGUUUUUGUGUGUGUGUAUAUAUAUAUAUGCCUAAAUUACUAGAUCAUGUAUAAUGAGUGACUCCGUAUGCACAAUUUCAAAGUUUUCCAUGUGUAGCGCCAACAUAAAAAGUGCAUGGCUAACCUUAGCAUGCUCUGUCCAUUAAUAUGAUAACUAGAUCAUUAUAGAGGCCAGUGUAUGGCUAAAUGAUGUUGAGAUGUUCAAUAUUCCUAUGAUUCUGAUAUAUGUAUAACACGUGUUAUGUACCUAGCUAUACAGUGUUUUUAUUGUGAAUUGCUGAAUUUAUUUUCAAAUCUUGAAGCAUCGGUGCUGAUUGUAGUUCUUUCAUAAAUACAACAGAAGCAGAAGUUAUUGCCCAGUUAAUACUGGCUAGAUCAGUGGUUCCCAACCCAGUUCUCAAGUACCCCCUAACAAUCCAGGAUUUAAGGAUUACUCAAUUGUGUCUAAGGUGUUUUUAGGGGGGGUGGGGGGGGGAAACACUUUAGACACAACAGGGUAAUCCCUAAAUCCUGGACUGUUAGAGGGGGUACUUGAGGACUGGGUUGAGAGCCCUUGGGCUAGAUGGAAAUGCUACUAAUAACCUUUUCACUUCACUUAUAGUCAUGGUUUGAGUUCAAACACAAAAUAGAAAUCACUGAGGCAUGCUUAGACUUGUUAGUGAUAGUAUGCCUAUCUAUCUAUUGUUUGCAGCAGUAGACAAUGAUAAGGUAAAUAUCUGUUGAAUUUAAGAACAUCUUAGAUGUCAAACACAAAUGACUCAAGCUUUGGUGCAAACAAUAGACAAAUGAACACUACAUAAAAGCACAACAUCAUUCAAUACAAACUCAAAAUGACACCAUAUUACUAGGUGCUGUUUUGCUAUGGUGGAAAAUAUGUAAAGUAACUUUGUAGUUUGAUGUACUUUUCUUUUCAUCUUUUCAUUGAUGUACAUUUUCUUUUCUGUUUUGCUCAUUGCUCCAUCUUUGCAGGGCCUAAGUACUGUUCAUGUAAUGGAGAUGGUUACAAAUGUCCGAGCACUUCUUAAUGAGACAGAGCUGCUACUUGGUGGGAGGAUGGCACUGGUGAGUAAGAAAAAGAUUGGUUUCUUUAGAUUGUCCUGGCCAAGUCUGUAAAGUCACUCCAGAUCCAAUGACCACAGUUUUUUUUGGUAUGUAUUAAUUAUUAGUAUUAUCAUUAGCAACAUUUUACGCAGUGCUUUCAAAUUAUAGAAUCGGGUUAUAUGAUAGCAAGUAACUUAACAAACAAAAUAAUAUUAACAGAGAAGAGGUCAUGAAAGUCCUGGUCAAGCUAGCUUUCAAUCUGGGAGGAAUCCUCACUGUACCAGUCACCUACUCGAUCUCUUUAGACUAUGAUAAUGUCUCUCCUCUUAUCUCCUUGUUGCUGUGCAGCUCCUCGACCCACCUCAGAAGGAACAGCUGGUGAUGUCUCUCAAUAACACAGAGCAAGAAUUGAGGAAACUUGCCGACAUUCCUUGGUUGUGCCAGAAUACUGAACAUGGAGAUGAAGAGGUGAGUUCUGAGGCUUUCAGUUUAUUACGCUGUUACUACCUGUCUAUCUCCUCAUUUUGUGAGUGUUCAAAUUUCAAACUACAUCAUAAAAUUAGAUGCCAUCCCCUUAACCCCCAAGCAGAUAUGUAGAAUUUUACGAACACCUUAUGUGAACAGUUUAUCUGGCUCAAAAACAAAUGUAAACAAAAUCAUCCUCAUGCAAUGUGCAAUGCCUGUUUGCAACAAAAUACUUACCUUCAUUGAUACAUAUUUGUGCAAUGCUGAUGAAGUGCUCCUUCAUAAACCAUUGAGUCCAUAUUUAUCCUUCACCAUUCUUGUUCAUUGGUAAGAUCAGUUUCAUAUAUUCACAGGGUGCACUGGAUUAUUCAAAGCUAAGACGCAGCAGUCGAUUUAGACUGGUCAACAAAUUUAAGAAGGAGAAGAACAGUCGGAACAAAGACACUGGAAACAGCUUAGGACAAUCUGGUAAAUAAUGUAUCUCUGUCCCCUCCAUAGCCGCAUGUGAUUGCUGUAUCUUAUCAAAAAGUAAAGUCAAUUGAACUACAGUUCAUAUGACUUUUUUUAGAAACGUGAAAGAACAAUGAUUGAUUGCGUAGUGAUUAAUACGUAGUUUAAUGGAGUGUAUUUAAUAAAUGCGUUGUAAAUCUUGCUGAAAGGCUGUGUGUUUGAAAAUGACUGAUAUUGAAUAAGUCUACAAAAUGAAAUCAAAUAUACUGACUGUGAAGAAUAAGAAUCUAAAUGAAUUAUAUGCUCUGUUAGUAACCCGAAAACCUGCACACUGGCCUUGUUUUACAAAUGAGACAUUUAUUCUAUAGCUACAUUGCAAUAAAAGAUGCCUUGGAAUGGGGUACAUGGUGUGUGUGGUGCAACUGCACAUAAUACAAAGAAGAGGGAUUUGGUGUAUUAUGUACAGAAUAAUAUAUGCAGGUCUUAAAAUGUACUUUCUUAAUUGCUAGUGUUGAUUGCAUUUUGACCACAGAACUUCACAAUCUGUACCAAACAGUGGAAUUUAUACAAAUUAAUUCAAUUAGAACAAUUGCAAGAGUCCAUACAUGCUUGAAUUUUCAAAUGGACAGAUCAAUAGAUAAAAAGAGAAGGCAGACAGUGAUUCUGGUACACCAGAAACCAAAGACCAUUUAAAUAUGUAUUGUGUUGUUUUUAUGUUAUGAUUAUUUAGAAAGUACUAUUGCAUUCCAAACAAUGACAUACAAGGCAAUCAGAGCAUGGUUGUGAAUAAAGAAUUCGACAUGACGGAUUAAUGUAUAAUAUACUGAUGGGCUCAGUCAUGUAAUGGAUCUUGAAUAUACAAGUGAAUAAGAAGUAAAGUCUAAAUAUGGUUCAGGUCGGAGGAGUGGGGCAUGGGGUUCAGUCUAAUUUUAGUGUGGUUGGGAAGGUAAUAAUUUUAAAAGGAAACAUGACUUUAUAUAUAUUUAAAAGGAAAACUGUUCUGCUGUGUCUGUUUCAUUGUCUGCCUCCACUUUCUAUAUUUACACUGUCUUUAUUUAAGUAAACUCAUAUUUCCAUGAUGCAAUGUUUCUCUAAUCAUAUUUCAGACAUGGGGAUUAGAUCUGGUGAGAUAUAUCAUCCUCAUGUAUAAACACUUUCAAAGAAUAUAGCAAAAAGACGCUGUUUGUCAAUGCAGCCCCCCCCAACCCCCAAACACAUACACGCAAUUUCUGUAGUCUGGACCAAAUAAAUCGCAUACAAAAUCUGAGUAUUUUUUAUUUCUCUGUUUCUAAAGAUAAAAAGGCAUCAGAACAACAUGUACUUUCACCAUGUAUCAAGUAAAGGUUUCAAUCAAAUUAAUUGCGUAUUCAAAGAAGGUCUGGUACUAUUCAAGGAACACAAUAUAAAGCCUAAGGAAAUAUGUAGUUAUAAGUCAUACAUAAUUGCUGCUAAUCAGACUUGAAACAUUUUUAGUCCUGUACGUAACAUUGUUGUAAAUUAAGUAUGCUGUGGGUACACUGAUCACUGUCCUGCAAAUCAUUUCCACUUUUAUACUGGGUGGUGGUGGUGUGUCUUUACUUUGAAAGUGGUCUGUCUUUGCUUUGGGUUGUGGUUUCUUACUGCGGGACUCUCUCUGACAGCUCACCUCUGGGGAACGGAGGAGGUGUCUCAAUGGUUGGAGCGGCUCAGUCUGUCUGAGUACAAGGAGGUCUUUACUCGUCAUGAUAUCCGUGGUUGUGAGCUCCUACAUCUGGAGCGUCGAGACCUCAAGGUAUCUCUCGCAGAUGUCAGCUCUUCCUUGCUUAUGGUGCUAGACUUAUCUCUCUCUCACCUUUUACUUCUAACAGUCAUAUUCCUUCUUGCAUGCUACUAAUCACAUUCCUUUGUCCGUCCAUAUGCCAUCGUGCUGAGUACACAAUCGUGCCUGUUUAUUUGUCCUUGUCUGUGCGUGUGCCAGUAUGCUGAAUGCCCAAAGUUUGUUGGUUUAUUCGUUGUGCUUCCAUUGUCUCUGAGUGUAGAAACAUACAGAAUAUACUAAUACUCCUGCUGAUAUAUUUUUGUAAUGUCUGUAACAUGCACUCACUACGGUAUUAAAAAUGCUGCAAAAAUCAUUCUAGCCCCAAUCAAUGAAAGCUAAUGCUGUCAACGCAAUAUUUCAUAUUCUUCCACCAACCAUUAAGUAGUUUGCUGACACUGCUAGUUGUCAUGUAAACAAUGUUAGGCAAAGAGGAAGGAAUUUACAGCUUGACUAUAUUUCAGCAGCAUUGUAAGAUAAGUAAAUGGUUGAUACCAGUAUCUAAAUUACUUGCAAUAGUAGAUUAAGGAACAUCAGGUUUAGGUGUCUUUCUGCUGAUAUAAGUUUGCACAACAGCAAAAAGUCAUUGUUACGGGUUUUACUGCUAGUUUGUUCUGGUUUAUUUUUCUGUAUUUUAUUUCCCGUUAAAGAGGUCCAAUAUAUUUUCCAUAUUAUAACGUCAAAUGCUGCGAGUUAUAGAACAUAACUGGACAGGUCGAGUUUUUAACUCCCAAAAGUUUUCAUCCAGUAUUUACACAUUUGUGCCAUUUUAACACCCCUUUCCUUGAAUGUAUUCCUAUCAUGGAUCCUGAUCUGCACAAAGAUUUAUCCAGUUUUUAAUUACUGUACUGUCAUGUUACAUUACUUUACAUUGUAGCUUAUUAUACAGCGAUUAAGAGUCCACCCCAUGCUGUCCUGAUUUGCUGGGAAUUCAAUGUAAGGGUACUUUUUCCAUUACUAACUAGCGAUAAUUUUUAAUUUUUCAGGAACUGGGUGUGACCAAGGUGGGUCAUAUGAAGCGAAUCCUCCACGGAAUUCAAGAACUGAGCCCCCCUCCUGUCAGUGUGGACUAGGAUCUGUGUUCACGGCGUGCGUUGCCCAGUCUGGGUGAUAUUUCUGGCUGGUGUUGCCACAAACCUCAAGUGACUUUGUGUAGGUUCUACUGCAGCAUUGUUCUUUGCUCCAGCUGCUGUUGUGCCAGGAGAGUUUUUAUAGAGCAGAUCACAGUUGUGCCAUGAGCAUUUUUAUAGCCAGUUAUAAGUGCAUACCUGUAUGGAAUUGCUGCAGCCAAAUGCAAAUGAGCCCUGGGAAUUUCUGCAGCAUAUCAUAUUCUUGGUAUGGUUUAUUCUGUAGUCAAGGAAGUAUUCUGUAUAUUUUGGAAACCAUUUACAGAUAAUCUCCCAUGUGCCACAGCAGCCAGUUUAUGACUAAAGUAACCGUUUUUGUUUAAGUGCUACCUCGUGUGACUGGGACAGAGCUGUCCUUAGCUAUUGUAAAGUGAGCAAAGCAAAAUUCACGCCAUCGAGUGCGCACACUCUGAAUUCCCUUUUCCUUACAGACUUUAUGUCUGGUCGACACAUUGCACCUCCCAGCUUCCUGCAAGUUCGACAAGUGUAAUUGUGGCCCAUCUGCUUCCCUGUGCUUCUUUUCCACUCAGUCCCACCAAGUGUGGGUUUCUACCUGUGUUAAUAUAAGUGCUUUUAUUUGAGGGUCCCUAUGUAAAUUGUGUAGUGUGCAAAGAGCGUUGCUUGUGAUUGUUGGUUAUUAUGAACUUUAAAAAAAAAAAAAAAAAACUCAGCUGUGAAGUGAUGACAACACAACUCUGGUCUGUGAUCAAAAGAUUGUUUACAUUUCUAAUAGGUACAUUUCUGAAAGCAGGAAACGGCCUCUGACCAAAAUGCAAACUCCUUGACUGGCAGAGAGAGAGAAGCAACACACCGCCUCUCUGACAGUCAUGGUGUCCAAAUCUGAAGUAUGGUUUCCUGAAUCUCUUUUCCAGGAUGUGGUUGUGGGUGUCCACAUUAAAUCUUCCCUCCUUUCUCUAUCCCGGGCAGGUCCCUUCCCAUCUAUAUCUCUCUAUCUCCUGCUCUACCCCAUCUGUGUGUAUUUAUUGUCCUGUGCCUUACUGCAUCCCCUGCUCUGUUUCUAAAGUGAUGUUAAUUCUUGUAAAUAGUGAUACUGUAAAGAACAUAUGCUGUUUUUACAGUAAAUGUGUUAAUAGUGACUUAAAUCUUGUCUCCUGACUCGUGAUUUCCAGGACUAUAUAUAAAUGAUGUCUUA